CAAUCAUCGGAGUCUCCACCCAUUUCGAAUCUUUCCCUUUAGUGAAAGUGAGAGAGUGGAAUCCUGAGAUAGGUCAAUGGAACCAAGUGAAUGGAGCAUUAAUAUAUAAAUCAAUACCAGGGGAGAUACAGCACAGUAAGUGUCUGCAUGUGGGAUGCUGUCCUGCCCAUUAGAGGGAUGCACGCACCUGAUGAUUAGCCCUGCUUGUCAUGCUGCUGCUAUGUCACUUAAGUUUGUUAUACUGCAUGUUAUUAGUGUCAGAUUUUUACAGUUUCACUGGUCCUGUGGGUAUGCAGCUAAAAUUUGAACACCAUGCUGUUAUGUUGUAGGAGAGAGAUUGCUGCAGUGGGGUGAGGUGAGUACCAUACUUUGAUCACAACAAAGAUAGGCUAUAUUCACCAUCCAAAGGUUAGGGCACACAACUCCCUUUACUGACAGGCAGCUAAUAGUGAUGGGAGUUGUGGUUCAGAAGGAGAUAGCCCUACCAUGGAUAUUCAGCACUCUUAUAGCCUUUUUCUUUGUACCUUCUAGCCAACAAGUAGAUAUGGAGAUUUGAUUAACUGCAUUGAAUGAGUAUUUAUUUAUUUUUAAUUUUUUUUUUUUUUAAAUAUUUGGUUUACUGUAAACAACGAUCUAUAGCAAAUGCAUAGUGUUAUGAUGGAUGGAGAGGGAAUGCUGCAGAGAUGCAGAUGUUAGUAGAUUCACUUUGGCAGAAUCAAUAGGAACUUACCUGAGACGUUGAAAUGACAGAAAACACAUGGUCAUCUCCAUGCAAAAAAAAAAAAAAGAGAUUUUUCAGAGUUUGCAUGUACAGUAAGUCAUGAAAUAUGAUCAUAUAGCUAAAAUGUAAUGGUCACAAGAAGGCAUAAAGUCAUGUAAUUUUACAAACCUGACAUGAUCUUCCCUUUGGCAAUAAACUGUUAAGUAGCUUGUGGAGCUGUGAAUGAUGCUGUCUAGUGACCUCUGAAUAGGGGAUGACUGAUCAUCAGUUAUGUAUAUGUGUCACAUCAUAAUUACAUGUAGCCAUUUCUUAGAUCUUACAAUAGUCUUUGUAGUGUAGGUAUUUAGUUUUUUUAUACUAUGAAUGUUAAAUAUAGAUAUGGUUUGGGUCCUGAUCACAUCUUUUGGAAAUAUUUGCUGUUUUGUAUAGGAAGCUCUGUAUAUUAAACAAAUUGUUCUAUGAUCUAAUAAAUAGAUAUUGCAGUUCAAUAAAACAAUGGUGCAUAUCUGCAUUACCCAGUUCUGAGCACCCUCCUGGUCAUGGCUAUUUGGGAAUUUGUUAAUGUGGGUUUAUUCUGCAUGGACUGAUGAAGGUCUGUUAAGGCAAAUUUUAUUUCAGCCUGCAUAGUUAAAAUGCAUGCCCCUCUCUAUUUAUAGCAUCAGUAGAUUCAUGCCAUAAAACAAGCCUUGCCUUUCCUUAUCUCUGCACUUGGGCUGGUCACCCUGAAUGUCAAAAUACUUGUUUAAUUAUGUAUCAAUUUGUAUCCCCUAAUAAAAGAUUUAACAGAAAGGAAAGUCACUAUAUCUGGUUUAAACCAUUAGUUGCUGUGUAAUGUGUUGGGAGCCCCCUGGCAUAAUAAAUGUGUUUUGUUUUGUUUUUUUUCGUUAUCAGAGUGGAACACAGCAGAGUCACACUGUCACUGAUAGUUUAACAAUUUAACAAAUAGAAUGUUGUACUUCACUAUAAUCCUUCAGAUAGUGGGAUACAUUGGGGUACAUUACCGAACUGUCUUGAUAGUCAUCUUUUUAUUAUUUUUAAUAUUAUGAGUUUAAAUGUGUUUGGGUUUAGUAGUUAUCAGUUUUCAGCUAAUUUAUUUACUGCUUUUCUCCUGCACAGACUGUGACCAACGGUUCUACCUAAAUUGGCAGUGCUGUCGUCUUCCUCAUGCCUCCCUCUCCCCUAGACGGCAGGCUUAUUGUGGCACACUCCAGGCCUGUGAGACCUCAAGAACUCAACCUUUGCCUAAAGUCUUCCUACCUUGAAUCCUGCUCAAUUAGCGAGAACUAUAAAUCUUUUUUAAGCACAAGUGUUGUGUCUUUAAACACAGCCAAUCUGACGUAUAUGCCCUCUUCCAACGGCUCUGCACGUUCCCUGGGUUGUGGAUGUAGCAGUGCCAGUUGUUGCACUGUGGGAGGUUAUGAGAAAGACAUUCAAACUCAGAGUCAGGCAAUAAGUUGUUCUACCGUUUCUAGCAGUGCUGCAGGAACUUCAUCCGCUGCUCAUACAAACCAAAUGGUCAACAACAAUGAGAACAGUGGUGCUUUGAGUCCAUCUGGAGGCGUGGGAAGUCCCGUGUCUGGUGCUACCAAACAAUUCGCCAACAUAAAAAUAAUUUACCCCAAUGACUUGGCCAAGAAGUUAACAAAAUGCAGCAAAACUCACUUACCAAGUCAAGGGCCUGUAAUCAUUGACUGCAGACCCUUUAUGGAAUACAAUAGAAGCCAUAUUCAAGGAGCUGUACAUAUCAAUUGUUCUGACAAGAUCAGCAGGAGAAGACUUCAGCAGGGCAAGAUAACGGUAUUGGAUUUAAUAUCCUGCAGAGAGUCUAAGGAUUCGUUUAAAAGGAUCUUUUCCAAAGAAAUUAUAGUUUAUGAUGAUAAUACCAAUGAACCAAGUCGGGUAAUACCUUCACAGCCUCUCCAUACUGUUUUGGAGUCACUGAAAAGGGAAGGAAAGGAACCUCUGGUUUUAAAAGGUACAUCUCAUCUAUAUAUUUUGAUUAAGAACAUCUUAUUGACCGUUUGAGUGUCAGACUUUGUGCACCUCAUUGACAACCCCUUAUCAGUUCUUAAAAACCCUUAUCAGUCAUCCCCACUGGUUAAUUGUUUUAGAGAAUCUUAAAGGAACACUGUAGCGUCAGGAACACAAACAUGUAUUCCUGACCCUAUAGUGUUUAACCCACCAUUUCUCAGAAAAUGCAGUGUUUACAUGAAAAAAGCCUGAAGGGAACUAUUAUACUCACCAGAACAACUACAUUAAGCUCUGUAGUUGUUCUGGUGACUAUAGUGUCCCUUUAAAUGUUGUUCCAUUGGGAAUGCUUAUAAAACAUGGACUAUACAGGUUUCAGAAUCCACCCAAAGUAAAAAUAAUACAUAUAUAGUGUAUGUUUAUACCCUAAAUGUAGACGCAACUCUGAGUUCUUCACAGUAUUUUAUUUACGCAGUUAUCAUUUCCCUUAAUGUUAAAUGUGCCUAGAACAAGAUACAUAAUCCUACUGGUUUUAGAAGGGUUAUAUCCUCCUUCCUCUGCUUGAAUGAUUGAUGAUUGGCAUUACUGCUCAGGGAUUUAAAUGUCAUUGUUUUUUUUUCACCAAACAGUAUUAUAGUGAAGAUUGCUGUCAGAGUACUAAAUGGAAAGCACGAUUUGUUUCCAUUAUAUAGCAUAAAGUCGGUGCUCUUUACAAUUCUAUUUAUCUCUAGGGUUGUGUGUUUGUGAUCUAAAAAAGAUAUUUUUAGUAUUUAAAAAUCUGACAAUUUGCCCAAGGUCACAGAAGGUCAUUUGCAGAAUAACUCUUUGCAUGCCUGUGGGAUAAAUAAUGUAUUUUAUAAUCUAGUUAUAUAAUACUAUAUUUUAGUUUGAUCUAUAGUUAUUACAUUUCCGUGCAAAGUAGUUUGUUUUGCCAAGUUAGAAUUCAUGCAUUGAAUUGUUUUUUUUUUUUAUCGUAAGAAAAUAAAAAAUAGUAACCGCUGCAUGUAGUAUUCAUUUUUACAUAAAUGGCUCAUUUUUGUUAGUUUGCCAACAAGUUCCCAGUGUUCCCAUAUUUGCAGUAUCUGGGUUCAACAUUUGAGCCCCAUGUCCCUCCUAACAAUAUGCAUACAUGUGCAAACUCUUAUUUUACACUGUAAAUCAACACCAAAUAAAAUAUAGCCCGUGAAGCCGCACUAACAUUCCCCGUGGAUCCGCUACUGAAAACUUGUGUUUUAACCGUGCUAAUAAACACACUGCUUUGGCAGAGUUCUAUUUUUUACAUCUACAGCUUUGCAAAGGAACUGAAAUGGCAUACGCUUUCUCUGUCCAAUAGCAAACUUCGUACGUCAUUAAGAGGUGCUUUCUAUUAUGGGGGGAAGGAUUUAACGUUAUAAGCAUACAGUAUUACAAUAAACUAUAGUAGACUGUAAUUCUCUAUAUAUUACGGAUGCUGGGCGUACCUACUUUUUAGGAAACUCUAUUUACACUAAUGCGAUCAGAUUGUUUUUAAAAACAAUGUAAAUUAAAAUUUUCAGUAACCCAAAACAACAUUCUAUACACAAGUUAGAUUUUUUUUUAAAAUUUUAAUAUCUUACAUUUAUGCUCUAGUGAUGUAUGUCUACAUACUAAUACGUGCUAUAUAUUGUUUUUAAAUGAAACAAUAUAUAGUGUAUGCAUUAAAUCCAAUGUGUAAUUUGUACUGGCAAACCAGUACGAACAGAUAAAGCAUGCUCACUUACUCAGAAUCAUUUAAAAAGUAAGUUAAUUCGCAUGAAAUGACCUUUCACAACUCAAUUGUGAUGUUAAACAUGGAGUCGUAGCAAGAAAGCUUGAUGACUCAAGUCAUAGCUUCCUUAUGUGCUUCACUCAAAAAUUUUCUUUUUUUUUCAAACUGUAUAAAUAUAUGCUUUAUUUUUAAUAAUCAGACCAAAAAUGUAUCAACUCCAUGAGUGCCAAGGACCAUGUUUUGUAUUAUUGAAUUCGGUAUUAAGACUUUAUUACUUUACAGCACACCACAUCAGGAAAUAAUUAUAGCAUUUAUUCUGCAUUAAAUAAUGCCUUUCCCACGCUUGAUGUGCUGGGUGUGUGCAGUCAACACUUUUCUCAUUUGUGUACACUCAUAUCUCACGCGCUUCUAAUUGUUUGCACAUUUACUGCCUUAUUUCAGCGUUGUAUUUGCUGUUUCAGUUUGGUUAGGUACAAAACCAUAUUUUUUCAUUUAACUGACGCUUAUCAAUGAGUCAUUUUAUUGCUGGUGUGUUUAUUUUUCUUGUGGUUCCCCAAACGAAUAAUUCUUGAUAACACUUAUAUGACAACCAACAGAUUAAUAUACAAGCUAGCUCCCAGAUGGGAAAUUCAAAAUUGUGUGUUAGCAAAGUCUGGUUCCAAUACCUUGGCUGUGCUUUGGUUAAAUCCCAAACAAAAAACACGUAACAUGGAUUUAUCAUCAACAAAAUGUAUGGAUGACAAGGUCAGCCUCAGAUGGUAACAGCCUCAGUAACUGUGUAGCUUACAAAAAAAGAAAAAAGAAGCCCGAGUUUUUUGCAGACACUGGCAAUAAAAUUGAGUUAGUACUCUUUGGAGCAUGAAUGCAUAGAUAGAUGGUUUCCUAGCCUCUUCUGCUCAAUACUGGUCCUAUCUUUUUAUGGAACAACAAAGGUAUAUGCAUGGGCAAGGGAUGCAAUAGGUCCAUUAUGCACAUCCUAAUGGCCCGGUUUGUCUUCCCCUUCCUCCGUUUGGAUCCCUACCGUCACUUUGGCAUCAUUUUAGUCGCUCUUUAUCUAGUAGAACCUAAAAAGCAUGAACAAUUGGCAAUAGCAAUAUUUUGUGUAUCAUUUAUUGCUUUGUUUUUUAAAAAUGAAACAUUAAAUAGUAAUUUAGAAAAAAAAACAUUUAUUUUGAUUAAUGCAUUAAAAUAAAUGAUAAUUAUGAUUUAGUAAUGAAGGAAUGGUCACUUUCUGCACUAGGUGCACACAAAAUAAGUGUUGCUAUAGGAGGGUGGGGGUUCCACAGGUGUCAUUUCUUUUCAGGAGAAUAUUGCUUGUUACAAAAAAAAUAAGAUAACUAGUAUAGUGACUUGACAAGGGGAGGAGGUGGUGCCCGUCUGGUGACUAUCAGCAGGGGGUGUUGGAAAAUAGAACUCUGGGGCACCCCUUCUAUUGGUUAUGUAGUAGAGAAAAUACUGCAUUGAAUGCCUGGCUCAGCAGAAUGUGCUUAUUUCUGACUGCACUUUUAUUGAUAUUAUGGUGAGCAUCAGCAGCCGUUCCUCAUAGGUAAAGAGGAGAGGACAUUACAUAGAGAGGCGGGAUUUGUCAUGACAUAUCUCUACCUCUCUGUUAGUGUAGUGGUGAUUGAGUUUGCCUUUGGGCUCAAACCCUAGGUGUUUCUGGAACCUAGCAAUGUUCCGCCCUAUUGAAAAAUGCAGAAUAUGUUUGUAUUUCUAUGGGACAGAGCCUUGCAGCUAAGACUCAUUUUUUUAAGCUUUCUGUGGAGUACUUCUAUUCCUCUAUGUAUGGUAUGUAGAUUAUAUAUAUUUUUUUCUGCCGUUUGCUUCGGUCGUUUUACUAUAGUCCUCAAAUAUGACAGAGGUAUGCCCCACAAUGCCUAGAGUUUAGGUACACCAUAGACUUGGUGGGAUAGCCAAACACCAUACACAGAGCACACCAUCAGCAAAACCCAUAUUUGUAGUUUACAUAUAAAUGAUAAUAUACCUUCGUCAAGUUAUUCUGAGUCUGGUUGGGGCAGAUCCCUUGUUGGUCACACAAUGUUAUGGUUUGCACCAGCUUGAAUUUCAGGUAUUGAGUAUGGAGUCUAGGCCCUUGACUGUCAGAUUUCAUUACUCUACAACUUUGUCAGAUAGUUUGGGACUGUCCCAGUUUUUAGUCCCUGUGUUUCCAUUAUGGGUAUCAAAAAUCCCCAUAAAGUGCAGUAAGUGUUUUAUUAGAUAUGCUUAACAAACAUAGGCAUUGCUGCGCAUAUUCAUCCCUGAAGGAUGCUAGCUAGCAGGGCACACUCCUUUUCCCUAGAGCCCCCUCCAGUCAUGACACUAGUGUCACUGGCAUGUCCCUUACACAUUGCCAUCUUCCUAUUCUGUUUUAUUCCCUAGAAAUAAAAAGACUUACUACCAAGUAAAAAGAAGUGAAUAUAACAAAUGCACUCCAAAUGAAGCCUUGUGUUUCUAAACUCCCUACGUAAAUCUACUUCAGAAUUAUUUUUGUUGAAUGCAAAUAAUUAUAUUUUGAAUAAAUAGCUUUCACAAAUGUAAAGUGGAAUUAAUGAGUAGUUUUUACUGUGUUUCAGCUCCUGAUACAUAUGGAGUAAUCAUUUAAUAAACAGGGAUAAGGCACUUUUAAAGAAACACUAGCGUUAGGAAUAAAAACCUGUAUUCCUAAUGCUAUAGUGUUCCUCUCCCAAACUUACUAGGUCCCCGUCACCCCCGACAAUGAGAGUUUAAAACCCUUUUUUAAACUUACCUGCUUCCAGCGCUGAGGUUCCCUUGGCGCUGGCUAAGUCUCCUCCUCCAGUGUCACGGCGAUGGUGAGACUUAAUGCGCAUGCACGGCACUCACUGCACGCACAUUAAAGCUUCCCUCAUAGGAAAGCAUUGAAUCAAUGAUUUCCUAUGAAGAAUUUGAAGAAAUUGGAUGUCCUAAUGCAAAUCCAAUGUCAUUUCACAAAGUAAAACUAUGUUUGGCAGCAGGAAGUUUCUUUAGUGGCUUUCUGGAAGAGGCGGACUUAACCUUGCAAUGUAAACAUUGCAAUUUCUCAGAAUAGACCCUGAGAUGUCUAUAGUGCCCGAUCAAAUAGGAUACAUAGCUCACCAACCAUUGUUGACCUAAAACUCUGAUUAUUACCAGCUAGCCAUUUUCUCCAAAAAGCAUGUUUAUAGAUGGUUAAUAUCACUUUAUUGUUACCUACUCUUGCUCUGCACUACAAAGGUGUUAACUUCACCUUCUCAGCUUGUCCAACCUGUAUUUAUCCUCUGUCACAAGAACAAAAAGUAAUGGAAAUUUACAAUCUAUUUGUAAUAUAGUUCAUUCAAACAAAGGCAUAUUUUAGAUGGAAAGACUCAACAGCUUCAGAUUUCCUUUGAAUUGACCUUCGUUACAGGGAGAUUUCAACUUUCAUUACUCUAGUGUGUGUACACGCAAUGGAUUCUUUUUCAUAAACUGUUUUUACAAAUUACGACUGACCCAGCAUAAACGUAAAGUUGAAAUAGGUUUGACAUUUGUCGUUGAUAUGCUUGGCACCAAAUUACAUUUUUUUGUUUUUAUUGAACACUUUAAGUGUCUAACGCACAAUACAAGAUGCAAGUCGCAUUUGAAGACCAAUUCAAAACCAAUCCCUGCAACAUACCAUAUUUUUUUAAAUCUUAUUUAUUAAAAGCAUGUGUUAGAUGAGACCUUUUGCCAAAAAUGCAUAAAUCAUAUUUAGGGACAUAUUAAUUAGGCUUUUCUGAAUGACAACUUUAAUAAUAGGUCACCACCAGUUAUGUAUAACAACCAAGAAAAUUAGUAUGACUUUAUGAACCUUUUGUGAGAGCCUAGAUUUUAAACAAGUUCACCUAAAUUUAAUUAUUUCUUGGGUAUUAUUAUAUUACUGAUUAUUUAUUAUUCAGAUAGUGAUUUGUUAAUACAUUUCCUAACAUUGCUAAUAUAUUUAUAAAGUUGAAACAUUUUGGAACAUUGGCUUAUCUUAACUAAGAAGCACACAUUUAAGUUCUAUCGACGUUCAUGGUUUUGAUAUUUUCAGUGAACAUUUUUCAUUCACAAUUUUUCACUUUAAUGCUAUUGCAUACUAUUAACCUUUUUGGUGGCAUGCAUGUGCAUGUGUUGGUAACCCAACAAAUAAUAUUCUUACAAGUGAAAAAUAAAAGGGCUCAGACCUUUGUUAUAAAUCCAUUACCAGUGUCACAUAUUUAUGAGACUCUAAUACAAAUUUGUGAAUCUUAUAUCUUCUCGCCAGCAUUCAAACCCUAAAGUGUACUUAUCCUUUUUGAAUCACCACAGUCUCAACUUGACCCUUGUGUUUCAGUGCUCUUCUGGUGUCUUCCGUCUCAAAACUCCAUGUCUUCCCUCUCUUAUGUCUCUAACCGGUACCCCAGGGUUUCAUUGCCUCUUCCUACCGUCUUAACAACCUCCAAGAAAGCAAUAUUUGUCAGAGAUCCCUCCAGAUGCUUAACUUUCCUGACCCCAAAUGGGGCAAGUAGUUUAUUGGAACCGGAUUCAGUAGAUAUGUACAUGUUCCACUCACUCAGACUUCUUCCAGCUCUGUCCUAAAAGCACUUCCCAUUCCUGUAAUCAGACCGAGAAGAUGGGACUGGAAGUGAGUGUUGGGGUGUCUUUGUUCCAGGACAAUUUACAGAUGAUAGUGAUUGACCUUAACAGAAGGCUGGACAAGGGAUGCUUGUAUAAGCCUGCCUCCUAGUGGUAUCAGCAUGAAUGUAAACCGCUCUUAGCACAGCUCUUGGCCAUCAGAAAAUGUUAGUGGCCAAACAAGUGGGUUAGAAAAGAUGUCUUUUAGGCAAAAUUUGAGGUGUCUGGCUGCAUACCAGGUGAAAUUCACUACUCUAACGCAAUCAUGGCUGUCGUGUGUACUUGAUUGUGAACUACAUUUAUCAUGAUGCUUAGUCAAUCUGAGCGAUGAUUACUCUAGACCAGAGGCCUUAAAGUACCGGCUCAGGGGCCAUUUACGCCCCCCAAAAUAGUUUAACAUGGCCUGCGUCCACCUACCCUAGAAUAGAGAAGCAUAUCUCAGUGAGAUACUUUGUGUCCAGUUUGCUUUUGGCCUGGGGCACAUCAGGGCCACAAUCAUGCCUUUAUUUGCUGCUGAGGAGGAAGCUGUCUCAUUAGUAAAGUUCUGGCAUGCAGACUGGAACUUGAGUGACGAGGCUGAUUGAUUGACACAGUGCAGGAAAGCAGCCUCCAUCGAGAGUUCUGCCAUGCUAUAGAUCCUGGGGGGUAUAUGUAUAGCUGUGUGUCUGUUUGCAAGGGAGUAAGGAUUUGUGUGUGUGUGUGUGUGUGUGUGUCCAUACACUCAGAUUUGUGUGUAUGGGUUUAUUCUGGCAGUACCUGUCUGCCACCCCCCGAGAAACAAUCACUACACGAGUGGCCCCCAGAUAAAUGGACAAUGAGACCCCUGCUCUACAAUGCCAUUUUAUUUAAGCAGGGCCCAAGUCACCUCUAGUAAAUUGACCAUUAUUUUCUUAUGUUUUAUUUACCCUAUGUACAUUGCUGCCAAAUAUGCAGCAACUUUGAAAAUAUUAAUAUGCAAAUAGAAAUAUGACUCUAGCCAUAAAAUCCAUUCACUACUUGUAAAUUCAAUUAAAAAAGAUAAGAGUUUGUUAUAUUACCCAAUAUCUUCUUCUGUCUGGUGAUUAUAACUGACUGAUGCAUCAAUACAUGGCAUAUUUAUGCCACUGUUGUACAGUCUGAGGCUUCUUUGAGGCAGAGGUAGAAGAACAUGGAAGACAGGCGCAGUCUGGAGCACUUUGGGGUUAAACCAUCCUAUAAACGGUUUAAUCCCUUAAAAUAAGACGGCGCAGACCUCCAGUUCAAAACAUAACUUAAUUGAGAGGAAGUUGCAAUAGUACUUGGAGAGUUCCCUUAAUUUGUUCAUCUUCGUGUUCUAAAUGAAAGUCUUUUGAUUUCAAGAUAAAUUUGAGCCAUAAAGGGUAAACUUCAUGAAGUUUGUUUGAGUUCAGACAAUUCUAAAAAUAAUUGUCGCUUUAUUUUCAGUGGGCCAGUCACUCCGAAUUAGUGACACUUGGCAUUACUGUGACACUAUACUGUCAUACUAAGCCUCAUCAUAUCCUGCGCUGAGCAUUGCUCAUACCCACAAGUAUCUACAUGAACAUAAAUGCUUUUAUGAUGGUUGUUAAUGCUUUUAAAUGGCUGCAUUUUUACACUAGUACAGUUUGAUGAUAUUUAUUAUUUUUAUGGAAUAGCCAGCAUAUGCGUCAUAUAAAUAAAUGCAGAAGUAUAUUCAGUGAGAUACUUUCUAAUAAGCUUUUUUUGUGACUUCCUCCUAUGUCCCCAAGAAGUGGCAUAGCAGACGAAUGUAGCAUAUAGGGAAAUAGGCUUUUAAUACUAUCUGCAGGAUCUGACACAGUUGGGAGGUAUGCAAUAACAGUUUAAUGAACUUAUUACAUUAUGCUAUGUUAAUGUUUUCUUGUCUUUGAGUAGAAAAUCUGCAAAAGGAGUACUUUGCUUUGAGAAUUUUUUUAAUGUGAUAUAAAUGACCCUCCCAUAAUAAACAGAAGGUGGAUUGGGAUUGGAUCAGGACUGACUGAUGGAUUUUAGCCACUUCCUGAUCUGGGCAUAUGUCAUUACAGAGCUGUACUACAUAUUGUAAGCCAUCUAUGUUGAUGAGUGAUAGAUGAGGGUAUGGGACUUUUUGGCUGGAAUAUUCUUGACAUUUAUACAUUUGCUAGAAAUUCUGCUAGCACAGUGUACAGAUAAUGUCUUAACUUCCAUUUAAGAUCAUAUGUGUUCCACUUUUGAAAUUUUAGACAACAUAGCAUAAAGGUUAGCUACGUAUUAUGUAUUUGUUCAACUAUUACAGAGAUUUUAAUAUGUUUUCACAUUUAACACUUACAUUUCCUGUCUUUUGUGCUUUGAAAAUAUUUAACAUCAUGCACCUGGUAUCCUCUUCCUGAUUAGCUGCUAAUUUUCUGGUUUGUUUUUUUAAUGUUUUUUGAUUGUUUGUAAAAGGAUUGUUACAUACUUUGAAAUUGGUGUACAGAAAUUUGAGAUGGUAAGAUAUAUAGUCAUCCCAUCUAUGAUUUUAUUAUUUGUUUAUAAAUUGUGUAAAAUAAAAAAUAUAUCCUAGGGUGUUCAGCCAGUGACACAAUUGAUGCGUAAUGAUGACACCCAUAAUGGGCGGGCUAGCCCGGAAAGCAUCACUUUAGAACAAUCGGGAAACUGUAAAUUCGAGUAUGUUUAAACAGUUUUGUGAUAUAAUAAAAAUGAGUUUUUAAACUUGUUUAACCCCUUCAGGACGGGUGACGGACGAGGUCCGUCACGCAGGGGAGACCCUUAACGACGGGUGACGGACCUCGUCCGUCACGCGGUAAAAUUAACCCCGGAUCGCCGCUAUCGCGGCGAUCGCGGGGUUAAUGGUGCUGCCGGUAUGCCUCUGCAUUGGAGGCAUACCGGGAGCACCCGGUCAAGCUGCCCAGCACAUGUGCUCGCUCUGACCACAAGUCGGAGCGAGCACAUGUGCUCUGUAUACUUACCUACCGGCUCCCUGCACUUCCGGGUUCUGUGUGAAGUGCAGGGAGCCGGAUCAGUGCUGAUCCUGCCCCCUGCUGUUAAAAAAAAUAAAGUUUAUUUAAAGUCCCCCCCCUUACCCAUUUUAAUAAAAAAUUAACCCCUUCCCUGCCAAUUGAUCACUGACUACAGUGAUCAAUUGGCAGGGAUUACAUUUUACUAUGAUCUGAUUUUUUUUUUUAACCCCUGAGGGUUAAUUCUUUUUUUUUUUAACCCUCAGGGGUUAAAUUAAUUAAAUUAAUUAAUUAAAUUAUUUUUAAAUUAUAUAUUUAGAUAGCUGGGGUAGGUGGAAGUUAGUGGGGAAUUGGGGGAUUUGACGUUAGGCUAACUAGGGGUUAACGUUAAAAAAAAGUUUUAAAAGAAACUUUAAAAAGUUAAAAAUUAAGCUUAAAAAAAUGUUUUAAUAACAUUUAAGUAAUAAAAACAAAAAAAACACACUUUACCUAGUCCAAAUAAAAAUUAACCCCUUCCCUGCCAGUCGAUCACUGCCUACAGCGAUCAAAUAGAGAUCACAGUAUUAUACUGUGAUCUAAUUUUUUUUAACCCCUGAGGAUUAACUUUUAUUUAUUUUUUUAACCCUCAGGGGUUCAAUUUAUUUAAUUAAUUAAUUUAAAUAUUUUAUAACUAUAUAUUUUGCUAGCUGGGGUGGGUGGGAGUUAUGGGAAAAUGGGGAAUUUACUGUUAGUGCUGCGUACUGCUAGUUUGGGGUUAACAGUAAAAAAAAUAGCUUAGAAAAAUGUUAAAUCUGUAAAAAAGUUUUAAGAAAGUUUAGGAAAGUUUAAAAAAAAUUUAUAAGCAAAACAAAAGUUUAAAAACUAGUUUUUAAAAGUAAAAAAGUUAUAAAAAGUAAAAAAAUACAUUUUAAAAACGCUCAUUACCACUACACCUGGAACAAACUAGAGAAAAAAUUAUCCCACGCCAAGGUUCAAAAUAUGCCUUUUGAAUUACCCCAGGGUGUAUUCUUUAAUAAAUAGUAUGUGUUUGUGGGGAAGUUUCAAUAACCAACCGUCUAAACUAUUCCAAAUUGGAACAUGGACACAGCGUAAAACUUCAAAGUUAGAAAAAAACUGAAUGGCUGCGUCUCAAAUGCGCCCCUUCAACAUCCACAUAUACCUGGCAAAGGUACAUACGGGGGUAUUGCUGUACUCAGCCGACAUAGCUGAGCAACAUAUGAAGUAUUAUACAGUCAUAGUACACAUAAGGUUUGCAAAAUAUGCUGCGCAAACUCACUUUGUAUGUCAAAAAGGCAGAAAAAAUGCUUAUUACCACUACACUUGGUACAAGCUAGCGGAAAAAUGAUCCCACACUAAGGUUCAAAAUAUGCCUUUUGAAAUACCCUGGGAUGUCUUCUUUAAGAAAUGGUAUGGCUUUAUGGGGAAUUUGGAUUAUAUAGCCUGGUAAAAUACUCUAAAAUGGGACAUAGGCACAGCAUAAAAAUUCAAAGUUUGAAAAAAACUGGAAUGGCUGUGUCCCAAAUGUGCCCCUCCGAUGUCCACACAUACCUGGCAAAGGUACAUACGGGGGUAUUGCUGUACUCAGCCGACAUAGCUGAGCAACAUAUGAAGUAUUAUACAGUCGUAGCACACAUAAGGUUUGCAAAAUAUACUGUGCAAACUCACUUUGUAUGUCAAAAAGGCAGAAAAAACGCUUAUUACCACUACAUCUGGUACAAGCUAGCGGAAAAAUGAUCCCACGCUAAGGUUCAAACUAUACCUUUUGAAACACCCUGGGGUGUCUACUUUAAGAAAUGGUAGGCCUUUGUGGGGUAGAUUGAAUUUAAAACCUGCGAAGAUGCUUGGAAAUUGCACAUAGGCCCAGCGUCAAAAUUCAAAGUUUGGUAAAAACGGAUAUGGCUUGGUCUCCUAUAUGGCACUGUAGCUUCACAAAAUAGUGACAAAGACAUUCAUUGGGGGUGUAUUUUUACUCAAAAGACUUAGCUGAGCAUAAUUUGGGAGGUUUGAACUUAGUGGCACAUAUGAAAUAUACAAAACGCCCAGCAAAAAUGCAAUCCGUAUGUAAAAAAUGCACAAAAUAAUUUUUUUACCACAUACUUUGGCAUAUAUUGGUGAAAAAAUGGGGGUAUGUUAAGGCACAAUAUGCACCUUAUGAGAUACCCUGGAGUGUCUACUUUUACAAAUGGUAGGCCUUUGUGGGGGUUUUUUGAACAGUCAAACUGUUAUAAUACCCCAAAUGGAAGCUAAGGCUCAUUAAAUCCAUCUCUCAAAAUUCUACUGUGAAUACUGUAAAGGACAGGUCUCCUAUAUGGCACUGUAGCUUCACGAAAUAGUGCCAAAGACAUUCAUAUGGGGUGUCAUUUUACUCAGAAGACUUAGCUGAGCAUAAUUUGGGGGGUUUGAACUUAGUGGCACAUAUGAAAUAUACAAAACGCCCAGCAAAAAUGCAAUCCGUAUGUAAAAAAUGCACAAAAUUUUUUUUUACCACAUACUUUGGCAUAUAUUGGUGAAAAAAUGGGGGCAUGUUAAGGCACAAUAUGCACCUUAUAAGAUACCCUGGAGUGUCUACUUUUACAAAUGGUAGGCCUUUGUGGGGGUUUUUUGAACAGUCAAACUGUUAUAAUACCCCAAAUGGAAGCUAAGGCUCAUUAAAUUCAUCUCUCAACAUUCUACUGUGAAUACUGAAAAGGACAGGUAUCCUGUAUGGCACUGUAACUUCACGAAAUAGUGCAAAAGACAUACAAUGGGGGUGUCAUUUUACUCAGCAGAUGUAACUGAACACAAAAUAAAACUUUGUACAGGAAUAGCACACACCAACUUUACAAAAUAUACACGAGAAUUUCUUUGUUAUAAGUUUGUGUGCCAAAAACCAAAAAGAACACAAUUUUACUCCAAUAUUUAGCAGAGGUUGGCGGUGAAAUGGCUACGUAGAAAGUGUCAAAACAACCUUAGGUAAAUAGCCCGUGAUGUCUACUUUAUAUAAAUAUAUACUUUUGUGUGGCAAUUUUGUUUUCUUUUAUGGCUAUUAAGCUUACAAGACAAACAUACCAAAUUCUAAAAUCGCUCCACAUUAAAAUUUUAUUUUACUCCUUGUGCUUUGUGACCUGUAACUACCAAAAAAAACUUAAAAUCCCAGACACAUUAUAUAUUCUGUAAAUCAGAACAAAUAAAUAAAUUUAUUUUUAAUUACUUUCCUUAACCUGCACUAAUUAUGCACACAUUAUUAUUGCAAAAACUGUAAAAAAAAACAAUAUUUUUCAUUUUUUUUGCAUUUUUCUGUAUUUUUUUUAUAAUAAGUAAGCAUUUAUAUAUAUAUAUGUUAUAUCAAAUUAAAGCCCUUUCUGUCCUUUAAAAAACAGUAUAUAAUAUGUGUCGGUGCAAUAAAUGAGAGAGAUGCAAAUUGCAGUUGAACGCAAACAGCAAGAAAAUGCAAAAAUUGCUUGUGUCAUUAAGCGUAAGUCAAGCUUCUGAAGCUGUGUCCUUAAGGGGUUAAACUUUACUGACUGUUUUAGUACACUAGCUACAGUUCAUUUCACUGCAUUGAAAAUAUGUGUGAUGCCAUGUUGGAAGUGUUCCUGAUUAACCUGUAAAACGUGAUUCAUGAAAUGCAAGAAAAAUGUACUGAAAUAUUCACCUUUUUCAUAUUCACCAUAUGAGAACCAAGAACAAAGCGUAACUUACCUUCACUAAUAAUGAGUUGGCGCACAUUUUUUCAGAAUCUUUUAUCAGAGUAAAUGCUGGAUAUGUCUUUAAGGUGGUUCUCAAGCACAUGGCUUUACAACCUAGUCUUCUACUCAAUGCCUUAUACCCUUGAAAUACUUUUUGGGAAGAUAAUGCUCGAGGUAAACUAAGCAUUAAAACAUCUUAGGCUAAAUUAAGCAGUUUUGGUGUAUAGAUCAUGUUGCUGUUGGAUCACUGCCCGAUUCUCUGCCAUUUAGGAGUUAAUCCACUGUGUUUAUGCAGCACUAGCCUCACCCAUCUGGCUGUAACUCACAGAGCCUUCAUGAUAAUAAGGUUUAUGUUUUUCAUUUUACAGCACAAUGUGUUUAAUUUAGAAGAUAUUUUAUUUUGCUCUGUUAAUUUAACUUUUAUCACAGUUAUCAGGCUGUUGCAGGCUCUAUCAAGCAACUGAGAGUGCAGAAUAUAAGGAAUUUUACAGCUUGGUCCUGGUGUCUACAGCAUGUCCCAGCAGACUUUUUAAUGCAAAUGUGGCUUUUUAAUAGAAAAGGCAGUGUUUACAUUGCUGCCUAGCAACACCUCUAGUGGCAAGUCACUCAGACGACCUAGAGGUGCUUCCUGUGUCAACGCUUCAGUGUGCAGCACUGGCGUUCAGCUUCUCCUCGCUUUUCAUGGUGGCGCUGAACGCUCCUGACACUAUAGUAUUUCUUUACGUAAACGGCAAUAAGGAAAGAUAAAACUCUUUUUCAGGAAGUGUGUAAGGGGGCUGUUUGAGUUACUGUCAGGGAAGGUGUGGUUAGGGCUGCAUAAACAAAGUGAUUUAACUCCUAAAUUGCAGAUACUUAAACAGUGAGACUGUUAUACACUAAAACUACUUAAUUGACUUAAAGUUGUUCUUCUGCUUAGUAGCCCUUCAAAAGUAGCUAAAAGGGACACAUGCCAGCUUAACUUACUACUCUUAUUUCAGUCAUAUCUUCGCAGGUUUGCAAUUAUGCAAACUGGUUCCAUAUUUUAGGCACCUAUUUGGAAAAUCUGCAGGUUUAGAUCUAUAAUAUGUCUAUGAAAGUUAAUAUAUCUACUAGUGUCAGAGCGUGUUUAAGGAUAGUAAACACAUUUCUAACAAACAAUUUUAACUAAAAAAAAAAGAAACUCCACUCUCUGGAAGCUGUUUAAGAUUUACAUCUUCCUUGAAUAACAAAUGGCAGCUUUAAGUUACAACAAAGGUGAAUAAAGCAUGCCCUCUAUAGCUCUGCGCAAAAUUGUAUCUCCGUCUGCUUUAUUUUAGGAAAUGUAUUUUCACGCUUUGCAAUUCAGUCGUAAUUUAUUGCUGGAACAACUGAUCCAAUGUUUAUAUGUUUGUAAACACUGGUUGCUAGUUUGCCAGUCCAAGUUUAAAUCCCACGUCCCCCAGCUCCUACCACGCAUUCCUUGUUUGGUUGUGCUUGUGAAGCAGGCAGCUCUGUUAAUGUUACCUUAGUACAAGAUCACAUUGGAGCAAAAUUGAUCAUAGGACCUGAGGAGCACAGGGUUUAAAUUACUAGCUCAGUUCAUAGCUAUGUUAUAAUGGUGAUUGUGGGAGGUUAUCAGUGAACUUUUAUUUUUCACGGCAAUGUAGAUAAAGAACGUUUGCAUUUAACCUGCAUUUUCGAGGGGGAUCAGAUGUGUUCAUAUAUUUUUUAUGAAAGACGUUGAUGAUGACUUUGCCUAUUUAAUAUUAUGCUGUGAGUUUAGAUACAUCUGUUUGACUUGUUCUGGUGUAAGACAACUGUUUGUCUCGAGCGCAGUGUAAAUUCGUCACAGUAGGGAUUCAGGAGAGUAUUGGGAAGGCUUUUUAGGGAUUUUGGUCCAUGAUUAAUCAAUAGUGUUACAUUAACAUUACGAUUCUCCUGUUCAGUUUCAUUCAUGAACAUUAGGCAUUAAAGAGUUACUAUAGUCAACAAAACCACUACAGCUUAAUGUAGUGGUUCUGGGGCAAAGGGCCUGUCCCUGCAUGCUGAGCAUUGUAAACACUGCCUUUUCAAAGAAAAGGCAGUGUCCACAUUGCUGCCUAAGAUGACCUCUAGUAGCUCUCACUUGAACAGCCACAAGAGGGACUUCCUGGAUGAGGUCCUGCAAUCUUUGCAUGACCUAUGUUCAGCAUCUCCAUGCUCUGCAUGAAGACACUGAUGCUCCACACAGAGAUGGAUUGUUUUAAUGCAACUGUAUGAGGAGAGACUGAGAGAUUGGUGCAGUGCGGCGAUUUGCCACCUAUGCUGCCUCCCAGUUCUUUCCUAUUGGGGAAAUAUUGGAUUGAUGGAGAUCAUCAAGAUUGAGGAUGUCAGCCAAGGAUGCGUGGCGCAACACGGAGGCCAAUACUGCAAAGGCUAGAGUCUAAGUAAAUCUAUUUAUUUUUUAUUGCAGGGGGAAACCUAAAUAAUCAGAACACUAUAGCAUUAGGAAUACAAUACUAAAGCUGUAGUGUCUCUUUAAAUGUUCCUUUAGAAGACUGUGACGGAACACCGCCACUGUGUACCAUGCCCACAUAUUUGCCUGCUUAUGGUUUUCAGGUCAGGACUAUUUAACAAUGUAUUGCUUGUCUGUGCCUCUCCCCCUUCCUUUUCCUGUCACAGCAGGACGUUGUCCCUCUUCCAUCCCGCAUCAGCUUCUUGGGAUGGAAACCCCUCUUGUUUUGUGUUGGAGACCCCAUGUAGGGGUCUGUGCAUGUAAAACAUUGUCAGUUUGUGUUGUACUCCCAGAGCUGUGUGUCGUCCAGUUACUGGGAGGAAAUGGAUGCCUGCUUGUUGUAAGGAUUCCUGAACGACUGAAGGAAGGUAUUAGCGGAGGUAACCGGUCGGGUUACCAGUGGUCUGCUACAAAGACAUUGUCAUGUUUGCUGAACCAGUUUUAAAUGAUGCCUGAUUUAUAUAUCCAUUUGUAGUAGGACAUCUUGGGACUUUUGACUAACCACAGAGAGUAAAUCUAUUAAGAUUCCCUCCCCCUAAGCAACAUCUAACAAAUACAAACAAAUACAUAAAAAAUGGUUACAAAGAGAGAAAUUACAAACAUUUUUCCUAAUGCACUUUAUCAGCAUUUUUGUCUUAAUGUUUUAUUAAAUUAGCAAUUACUGAUAUAUUUCUUUAUUAAGAUCUGCAUUAUCAAUUUCACACAGUUCUGUUGCUCCAAGUUAACUGGUGUUCCAUCAGGUACUUACCAACCAGUGCAAUUGAGGAUUGAUCAUGAAACAUCAAACAUGCUAACUUUGACAGUCUUGAUAUUGAGAGAGAGACAGAGAGAGCGUGUAGGGCAGGGGUAGGCAAUCUUCGGCACUCCAGAUGUUAUGGACUACAUCUCCCACAAUGCAGCCAAAAUAUUGCCAAAGCAUCAUGGGAGGUGUAGUCCAAAACAUCCGCAGUGCUGAAGGUUGCCUAUCCUAGUGUAGGGGAUUAUCAGCGGGGUUUGUUUAAUCAUGCACUUGCUCUGCACUUUUCCUCAGUCCUUUAGACACCAGCUAAUAGAUCCCCUCGGGUGGUCUUGGGGAAAUUUGAGCGUCAUAUGAUAACAUUGUGUGACUUGGUAGGUCUGAACCAAGUAUAUUUGUUAAUGGUGAUGAAACUUUAGAUAUUUAUGAAUUAACAAAUGACAGUGUUUGGUGGAAAAAGAGUGCUUGUAACCAGGGACUGGUGAACAUAGGGACUAAUAGAGCUGAAGCCCUGCUUGCAAUUUUUUACUUGCUUUUUUACAAGAAAAGAUUGAGCCUCUCGCCCAGCUGUCUGACAGCCAGGGAGGUGUAUCAGCAUUGAUUUAUAAAUGUGCCAAUUUCUAUUGAAAUCACACUUUUAUGAAAGAGGGCACACUCUCUGCGUUUGUAGUGGAAAAAAUAUAGGAACUAGCAAUGACGAUGAUGUUGGCUAUUGAUGAAUUAGUUAAUAUAAUAAUGCAGUUAAUACUAAUGAAGUUUCUACUGCUAUACUUUUAUAUUCAACAUAGUAUGUGGAAAAGUGCAUUUGGGAGCUAUUACAGCUGUUUUACUGAUAUUUUAAUGUAUAUGCAAUUCCCUUUCAUAACACCACAAACCAUACAUGUGUAGCAAAUUGUCAUAUAUUUGGGAAUUGUCAUAUACAUUGGGAAAACAAUGUAGCGGGCUGUGCUACAAUGAGGCAUUGCCUCUUUGGUUAUGGAAGAAUCGCCACCUUGAAAUUUGAGAACCUGAGACUGGUGAGUGACGCCCAACUUUAAAUACUUUCAAAAGUUGGUUGGUCAAGUCUGUAGCAAAGUCGUGGUUUAUAUAUGAGGUCUGACUGAAAAGUAUCCAGCUAUUGUUAAUAUACUGAGAAUGGUUUGUCGAUUUAACCUGGCAGCCAAGGGGGAGUGGAUUUGGAAUGCGCAUACAUGAACCCUGACAACUUUUACCUUCUUGAUCCUGGAGUGUUACCUGUGUCCUUGUUCUUCUGUGAGUAUUCUGGUGGAUUCAGCAUUGUCCACCUUUGCAACGGAGCACCUCCACGACAGAAGGCAUGAUUAAUUAAGGCUCUCUUGAGCCGAAACGUUGCACUUUGCACUUUAUGAGGUGGUGUGUCCUGAAAUAAAUUUACCUUCUUGAUCCUGGAGUGUUGCCUGUGUCCUUCUGCUUCUGUGAACUGUGGGGGCGCUAGAGGCUGUUGAGUGAGCAUGUGUAUUGUGUGGCCAUUGCAUUCAAAAUGACUGAGCGAGGAGAGCAACGAAUCUGCAUCAAAUUUUGCGUUAAGCUUGAACAUACCUCUGCGGAAACCAUUGGGAUGAUUCAGAAGCUUUUGGGGAUGACACAAUGAGUGCAGCGUAAAUAAAAUCACCCAGGUGACUCAGCCCAAAUUUGGCAACCUGCGACUUCUGGCUUUUCCCAAAGCUAAAAUGCCCUUUGAAAGGGAAGAGAUUUCAGACAGUCUUUGAGAUUCAGGUAAAUUCAACGAGGCAGCUGAUGGCGAUUCCAACAAAAGAUUUUGCAGAGUGUUUCGAACAGUGGAAGAGACACUUGAAUAACUCUGUGAGGUCCCAAGCUGCCUACUUUGAAGGGGACUGAGGCGUCAUUCUCCGAGGUACAAUGUUUCUUGUAUCCUGUGUAUCUUGUAUGUUAAAUGUCUCUAUUUUUCAUAUUACAUGGCUGGAUACUUUCUGGACAGAUCUAGUACAUAAUAGGUAUAUAUAGGUGUCUCUUCCAGGGUGCAGUAUCAGGUAUAAUAACUUUAAUGUGAUUGAUGGCAGUGACCUUAAAAUAGGCCACAUUGUUAGAAAAAUAAUAGUAAGUAGACAAGAGUUUGCCAGAUUUUGAGAUAGAUUUUUAUAAUAUUACUAAUAUUACUCAAUGAGACAGCCACUAGAGGGAAUAGGGGGAAGGCUUAACCCAUUAAUAAACAUAGCAGUUUCUCUGAAACUGCUAUGUUUAUUAAAAAAUGGGUUAACCCUAGCUGGACCUGACACCCAGACCACUUCAUUAAGCUGAAGUGGUCUGGGUGCCUAGAGUGGUCCUUUAAAAGAAAAAAACUCUGGAUAAGGUAACAUCCUCAUUGGCCCUUCCACUGCUCUCAGAUUCAUCAAAUAGGAAACAGGCUGUUUCGGACAGGGGUGCAGCUAAAGCUCUAAGCCAAUAAGUAGCUCCCCAUUCACAAAAUGCCCCUCCCAUACCCACUAGGUCACACCGUUGCGCUUGCUCCACUCAAAGGCAGACUCAGAGUGCCUACCACGCUUUGCUGUGCCAUGUAAGGUUGUAUCAUAUAUGUAAUGCACAAAUCUAAUGAUCCCCGAAGGGUUGUAUCUGCAUUGUUUCCCCUUAAAUGCAAUUGAUCACACCUUAUGUUUCAUUUAAUUGUUAUAUUUUUCCUUUGUUGUUCCUUUGGUAUACCAUGGUAUACUGCUUGUCUGCACUAUCUUUUGUUUAUGUCUUAAUUUAUUGAAAACUUAAUAAACUUUGAUUUGAGAAUAAAAAAGAGUUGCUCCAAACAUUAUGACUUGUUUAGUGAUUUUAAGUGGUCACGGUGUCUGAAGUCUGUAUGUGCAGCGUUUUACCAUGUUAUACAGUAUACAGAUUACAUUAAUGUUUGAUUUGUUUUAAACAAAACACAUAGAUCAAGCUCCAGAAUAAAAAUUUAAUAGGUAAUUAUGUCACGUUUGUGGAAAACACACAACAGCGCACAAUCAGGGAGCAGAAAUGGUACAAUAUGGUAAAAAGGGGGGGGACCUAUUGGUAGCGGAGGGAUUAAAGCAUAAAUAAAUAAGUACAUUUCCCUUACAUUACAUUUUUUGUUGCAGCAAACUCUGCAAUCUGUGUGUAGUCGCUUGUGUUGCUGCCUCUCCAGCGUGCUGUGGCUGUCGUGAUGUGUCUUGGCUGAUUUCUAAUGGUCAGUGAGGCUUUUUGCAGGGCACCAACAGCCUUAAGGCAAAGUUGCUAGCAGUGCAUGAAAAUUGGACGUGAAUGCUCAACAGUUUACUACAAUCUCUGUUGCCACCUGUCACAUGUUAUUUGUCAGAAAGCAGAGCCAGGUUAAAAAUAUAAAGCACAGAAGCACAUCUAUUACCUGGUUUAUUGAACAUCAUUUCGGCAUGAUUGAGUGUUAAAUCGGUAAUGCAUCUACGUAUGUACUGAAUGUUUGUUUGCAUUGCUCACAGCAAAGCUUGCUGCAUAUUGCCUGCAAUGUCUGAUGUUAUUUAAAUUUAGCAUGUUAAAAGGAAUCUGUGUAACUUGAAUAGUAUUACAUAAACCUGAAUCAUGCAAACGUGUGUUGUACGUCAACCUCUAGCAGCCUCCUAUUUAAAGGGAUACUACAAGCACCAAAACAACUGUAGCUUAAUAAAGUUAAUGCCCCUGAAGCCACACUGCUCAAUUUUCUGCCAUUUAGGAGUUAAAUCACUGUUUAUGCAGCCCUAGUCACACCUUCCUGCAUGUGACCUAUACAGUCUCCCUACACACUUUCUGUUUAGUUAAACAUAAUAUUUAAACUUCCUUUACUGCAUAUUUGGUUUAAUUUAGAAUGUUUUAUCUCCUGCUCUGUUAAUAGCCUGCUAGAAUCCGUAGGAGCAUCCUGUGUAUGUAAGUGAUAUAAACUUCUAAAUUAAAACACAAUGUGCUGUCACAUCUGAUGGAAAAUGAAACCAUUUUUUCAUACAGACUGUCAGUCACAGUCAGGGGAGGUGGGGCUUGGGCUGCAUAAACAGAAGCAAAAGUGAUUUAAUUCCUAAGUAGCAGAGAAUUGACCAAUGAGCCUGCAAAACCGCUAUCUACACCAAAACUGCUUUAUUAAGCUACAUUUAUUUUGGUGCUUAGCAUGGCCAUUUAAAGCUUUAGGGGUUUGUUACAAUGCAGCAGAAGGGUGAGAGAUAGAUGUGUUAAUAUACACACUUCUUUAUAAAAGUUAUUGCAAACGGUAUGCACUAUUAAAAAUGGGAGCACACAAUCUCAAUAUUAAGUAACACAAGUAUUAAUAUUUACAGAUAAGUACAGACAACAUUAUGAGGACAUUUUACUUUAUAGGACUUUACAUUUGAUACAUGGGCAUAUUGUUAUGUUACAGUUAUUGAAAGUUUAGUUUCAUUAAAGGACCACUAUAGGCACCCAGACACCUUCAGCUCAAUGAAGUGGUCUGGGUGCCAGGUCCAUCUAGGAUUAACCCUGCCUGCUGUAAACAGAGAAACUGCUAUGUUUACAAUAGGGUUAAUCUCAUUGACAGCCGCUAGAGGUGCUUCCACGCUUCUCACUGUGAUUUUCACAGUGAGAAGACGCCAGCGUCCAUAGGAAAGCAUUGAGAAUGCUUUCCUAUUGACUGACUGAAUGCGCGCGCGGCUCCUGACGCACAUGCGCAUUCAGUCGAUGACGACUGAAGGAGGAGGAGAGUCCCCAGUGCUGGAGAAAGGUGAGUGUUUAACCCCCUUCCUCCCCUAUCAGCCUGGCGGGAGUGGGACACUGAGGGUGGGGGCAUCCUCAGGGCACUAUAGUGCCAGGAAAACGAGUAUGUUGUCCUGGCACUAUAGUGGUCCUUUAACCCCUUAAGGACACACGACAUGUGUGACAUGUCAUAAUUCCCUUUUAUUCCAGAAGUUUGGUCCUUAAGGGGUUUAAGUAGAUGAUAGGGAUUAUAUUAGAUUAUUCAAUAUGGGAGUUUAACAACGGACAUACUGGAUGUAACAAUAAGCAUUGAUAUGCUACAUUUGUUUUUAUAAAUUGCCUAUCUCAGUGUAAGGAUACAUUUCUGAGAAUGAUAAUACCAGAUAGUUGGCAUUACAGAGUCUCUUUAAAGGGACACUACACUGUCCAAAUACAACAAUAAAUAAAAAUCAUUGUUUAGUAUAUAUAUAUAUAUAUAUAUAUAUAUAUGUAUAUAUAUAUAUAUAUAUAUACCAAAUGAAAACAUGUAUGUAUUUAAUUAUGCAUUUUUUUAAUUGGGGGUAAAUGUUAAAAUAGCUUGCAAAACCUGCACAUCUCUUGCCUGCAACCUUUGUAUGCCCUCCUCUUCUAACCCCUCCCAGACUUUCUGUGGCUGUCCAAUCGCAAACUUGAAAUGCUGCUCAAUGAGAAGUCUUUGCAAGGUAGAGUAAUUGCUACCUAUUGUGUUUAGUUCCACUGAGCUAAACAACCAGGAAGUAACAGAACUGGUUGUCUGAUUGACAAUGGGUAUAACAAGGUAAAUUAAUAAAAGUGCCAAUUUGUAUUGACAUCUGCACUUUUUGUAAAUACAAAAAGAGGACACACUCUUCACACAUAAAGUUCUUCUGCAAGCUUAAGUUCUUUAGAGGUCUGGAGUACCCCUAUAGAUAUUUUUGUGUUACUUUUCCUUUUAGUGAUGCUUGUUGAACUUGUGAAUGUGAUAAUACAUCCUGCAGGCCAUGCCUGUUUUCUUUUUUUUUUCUUUUUUUUUUAGGUAGUAAGUUGUCCCAUAAUAAUUCCAGUUAUUGACCUUGGUUCAACCUACAAACAGUGUUUAGACUAUAUACAUAUUAGCUUAGCUAUUUGCAUUAUGUAAUCUACCUGAUUUUCUGGUUCUCGGUGACUGCACAUACACCACUCUGCACGUACCACAGGGCAGCCUUGACAUAUACAAUCAGAAUGUUAAAGUGAAUUACUUUCUUUUCGAACCUUCACCAUCAAUAUUUUUAUUUAAUAGUACUGCAUUGGAAGAAUUAGGUCUUAUAAAGUUUGAUUAAAACUCAAUAAUUUCUUGCUGCCUAGAUUUUAUUGACCAACAUGAACUUUUUUGUUAGAAUUUAUUUCUAUAGCUCCAGAAACUGUAUUGAAUAUCGUAGUGAUGUCCUCUAUCUAUACCAUGGGUCGUCAACCCACUAGUGGGCGCUUCAGGAUUCCAGGUGGGCGGUAGGGAUUUUCUAAUUUUGAGAGACCGGGUGGGCGGGUGCAAGCCGGUGGUACCCCUGCGACCGGGUACCGCCUUCACCAUUUGCGGCCCCGGCCCGCGCGGCAAACCGCCGGUGCUGGAUAUGGAGGGUUCCAUCGGGUGACCCAUGCUGUCAGGGCCAUCCGAUGGAUGUGGAUUGUAAGGGGGCCCGGUCAGCGCUGGGCGCUUUAACAGCGCGACCAAGCCCCCUGUGAUUACAUCACCAAGCUGGGAGGAAGUGACUGCACGUCACUCCUCCCAGCUAAUACUGAGAGCUGCGCGGGAGGAAGACCAGGGAGUCAGAGUGAGAACUCUGACUCCCAUCCACCUGAGCCACCACUGGACCCCAGGGAAAGUCACCCUCCUGCACCUUAAAGGUAGGAAACAGGAGAGUGACUAAAAUAUUUUGUGUGUGUUUGUGAAUGCGUCUUUGUAUGUAUGUCGUGUGUGUGUGUGUCUGUUUGUGUGUGUCUGUAUGUGUGUCUUGUGUCUGUCUGUGUGUAUGUGCCUUUUUAUGUAUGUCUUAUGUGUGUCUGUAUGCAUGUCUGUGUGUGUCUGAAUGCAUGUCUGUGUUUGUCUGUUUGUAUGUAUGUGUCUUGUGUAUGUCUGUAUGUGUGCCUGUCUGUGUGUCUGUAUGUAUGUGUGUGUGUGUGUGUGUAUGUAUGUAUGUAUGUGUGCCUGUCUGUUAUAGUGGGCUAUAGCAAGUAAUAGUAAGUGGGAUACCUAGCUCAGCCUUCCUACUGGGCAUUGCUAUAAGGAAGGUUAAAAAAAAUUUUUUAAAAAGGGAGAAAAAAAAAGGUGGGGAGGGGAAUUGAGGAGGGAGAGGAGGGGAGCUGACGCACAGAUGAGAAAUCAUUUUAUGCGCAAACAGAGAAGUCGUCUGAAUAUCACCGAAAGAGGAGACCUUCGUUUGUUCCUUACGAAAAUCGAACCAGAUAUCAAAUAUUUAGUCUUGCAGCAUCAACCUCAAGGAUCUCAUUAAUCACUAGUAAAGGUAAUUUCAAUUUACUUUAUUGUUUUCUCAUUAAACUUUAUAAAGUUAAAAACAUUAUAAACAUGCAUUAAGUAGAAAUAAAAAGAUAAAUGUACAUGCAAUUUUUUUUUUUUUUCAAAACACCCUCCUUUCUAAAAAAUAUUCUGCACUUGCGCGAAAACUGAUGGGCGGUAAGGAAAUGUUUUCAACCAAAAAGAUGCAUUAGUGGGUAGAAAAAGGUUGACUACCACUGAUCUAUACCAAUCGCAGUACGUUUCAUGGUUGAUACUGUAUGAGUAGCCCCAAGUAUUUAAUCUUUUAAUCUCACAACAGGUCCUGUGUACAUUAGUCCUCCCAUGGGAUUCGGAAAAAAAAUUAUAUCUUAUAUCCUGCACACAAACACUAGAUAUUGAUCCCUGAGGAGAAACUAAGAAAAAAAAAUGUUGGUAAUGGAAGUAGAUGGAUAUAACAAAUAGGCAAAAUCGAUACUGUGGAUAUUAAGUGAGAGGGUAGAACAAUUAAAUGUGAAGAAACACGUUUUAUGGUGGGAUUAUCAGAGCACAUUGCUAGAAGAGUUUUUCUAUUGUUUUCUUAGAAAACAAUUAUUUACAGUAAAAUGUAAAACAUAAUUCACAAAUGUGUAUAUAUUCAGAUACCAGGGAUUAGUUAAGAGGUUCUUGCAUGUCAUAACUGUAAGAUCUAAUAUACUCACAUGCAAAGAUCAAUGUAAGUAAUGAAAUCACUAUGUUAGAUGUCCAAUACAGAGAUUUUAGAUCCCAUUGGAAUUAUCUGCGUAAGUGUGUACAUUUCCCAGGGGAUCACUAGCAAGAUAUCCACAUUGAGUUCCUAAACCGGUGACUUCUCUGCCUAAAAUCUACAAUGAAAAAGGGCAGUCUAAUAAUCCUUACCUUAAAGACCACUCAUGGCACCCAGACCACGAUAUCUCAUUGAAGUGGUUUGGGUGCAAUGCCCCUGCUGUCUUAAACCUGCAAUGUAAAGCACUGCAGUUUUGUAAGACCGGCAAUAUUUUAAUUGCGAGUUUAAGCACAUCUCUAUUGACUGUAAGAACCCAGUCAGACUCGGUUUUCAAUCACAUGCUGUUCAUAGAGUUCAUUUGAUUGUUUAAGUGGUGGUGACUUGCUGAGCGUGUGCACUAGGCUCAAUCUGGGGAAGCAUUGGAUUGGCUGAGAUCACCAGGGAGGCAGGGCAGCUGUGGCAAGACCAACACAGCGAGUGAGUAAGUAAAACUUACAAUUAUAAGCUAACAUGGGAAGGGGGAGCAGACACCAAAAUAGGUAAGGUAUUCAUGGUUGUAUUUCUAAUGCUAUUGUGUUCCUUGAAGUUUGGAAGAAGUAUAAGACAUGUGUACCACCUGCCAAAAAAUAUGGACACCAUGAAUGUUUUACUUAAAGGACCACUCUAGGCACCCAGACCACUUCAGCUUAAUGAAGUGGUCUGGGUGCCAGGUCCUUCUAGGGUUAACCCAUUGUUUUAUAAACAUAGCAGUUUCAGAGAAACUGCUAUGUUUAUGAAUGGGUUAAGCCUUCCCCCUAAUCCUCUAGUGGCUGUCUCAUUGACAGCCACUAGAGGCGCUUGCGUGCUUCUCACUGUGAUUUUCACCGUGAGAGCACGCAAGCGUCCAUAGGAAAGCAUUGUAAAUGCUUUCCUAUGCGACGGGCUGAAUGCGCGCGCAGCUCUUGCCCCGCGUGCGCAUUCAGCCGGCGGGGACGAGAGAAGGAGGAUCGGAGGAGGAGAGCUCUCCGCCCAGCGCUGGAAAAAAGUAAGUUUUUAACCCUUUCCCCCUUCCAGAGCCGGGCGGGAGGGGGACCCUGAGGGUGGGGGCACCCUCAGGGCACUAUAGUGCCAGGAAAACGAGUAUGUUUUCCUGGCACUAUAGUGGUCCUUUAACGGGAAAUAGAUCCUCUAUACGCAGAUGUUUCAGAUUAUUACUUUGAUGAAGAAAUAAAAAUGUAGUAAGCAACACAAAUAGUUUACAAUAGUGGUGCUAUUUAUGACUUUCAUGGCCACAAAACCUUCUUGUCAUCUCAACUAAUGAACACAGAGGACUGUUUUUCUUUUCUCUCUAGAAGCUUUGACCUUGUAUAGGGAUACAUGAUGACCAUAAAUUUGAGCUUUCCCUUUGGGGGAGACCAUGUUUCUCAUCAUUAGAAGCAGUAGCUAAGCACUGUGAGUAAUGUGCUGACCCUGUCAAUAAACAUUCCUUGGAUACCCUUGGCAUAUUUGUAAGCAUAGACUCUAAUUAAAUUAACAUCUAAUCCUCAUUUUCCCUUUCUUAUAAUUUGCAUUUUCAUGUCUUGUUAGUAAGUAUUGAAUUAAACACAGGCCUUUGUACUAUUGCUUCAGGGUACGGAACUUCAGGGCACGGAACACACAUUUAAGACGAGCUGUGUAAUCCUUGUAAGGAUUGUAGUUGUGUCUUAGAUACAAAUCUGCUUAAUAUAUUCUGAUUUGCUAAAAAGCAUCUAGCGCUUAUUAAAGGCACCUGUGAAAAUGUAAAUCAUAUUGUCUGAACACUGUGAAAUCCAUAUAUUUAUUGAUCUGUUUAGAACCCCUUUUGCUACUAUAGAUUAAAUCUCCUUUAUUAAAGAUGUCCUUGUGUUCUUCGCACAGUUCUGUGGAUUAACUAUGCAUAUAUUGUGUGUGUAUAUAUAUAUAUAUAUAUAUAUAUAUAUAUGUUCCAUGCUCUCAUAUCGUCUUGAAGACUCACUUCUCCGGUGUAAACAUUUCUAACUAUUUCAGUGCUUCCUCAAAGCUUCCUCUUAAUUUUAUUUUCCAUCCCCAUAAAAUCCAUUUUGAGAACUGGAAGCCAACACUGUUGCUAAGUCUUAUGGUUAUUCCAAAGCCUUCUCAUUUUCUUAUUCCCCUUCACCUUUUUGCCUUUGAGGAAGUUCUUUAUAAAUACUCAUCAGCAUCAAACCACUGACAGGUGAAGUGAAUAACAUUGAUUAUUAUGUUACAAUAGAACCUACUGGGGGGUGGGAUACAUUAGGCAGCAAGUGAACAGUAGGUUUUUCCAAUUUCAUGUGUUGGAAGUUGAAAAAGUGUUCGAAUGAAAAGAUCUGAGUGACUUUGACAAGGGCCAAAUAGUGAUGGCUAGACAAAUGGGUCAAAGCAUCUCUGAAAUGGCACGACUUGUGGGGUGUUCCUAGUAUGCAGUGGUUAGUACAUACCAAAGGUGGUGCAAGGAAGAACUACCGGCAUCAGGUUUGCUGGCCCCAAGGCUCGUUGAUGCAUGUGGUUUGUUUUAGUGUGAAGACAUGUGCACUUAUAUAUGUGAUGACAAAAUUGCCCCAAGUGUUAAGAAAUGAGACUAAUGGCCCUUUCCAGGAACCACAAAUUGUUAGUGCAUAGUUUUAUGUCACUUGUUGUAUAGUUGUUACCAUAUUGUUAGACUGUUCUACCAAUCACGGCAGUGACUUUUGCCUUUGGUAUUCAACUCAUUUCUCCCAUGAAGAUACACAUAUGCUUGCAGUUGCUUUAUUUACAUUUUCCUUAAAGGGAUAUAGAGAAUGCAGUUUGUACACUUUAGACUUUAGGCACAUCUUUAUGUAAUACACAUGAACCUAUCACACGUGGCUAUUCAUUAAAGGACCACUACAGGCACCCAGACCACUUCAGCUUAAUGAAGUGGUCUGGGUGCCAGGUCCAUUUAGGGUUACCCCUGCCUGCUGUAAACAUAGCGGUUUUAGAGAAACUGCUAUGUUUACAUAUGGGUUAAUCCAGCCCCUAGUGGCAUGUUUCUUUUGAAGUGGUUCACAGACUUUGUAUUUAUUGCAGCAUAUUUUUAAGUUUUUAAAACCAAUACAUUGUUAAAAAGCUGAUGUAACAGUUGAGUGGAUCCAAUUUAGGCCGUAUUCCUGACUUAAAGCAGGGAGCAAAGAAGAGAGAUGUCUCCUGACUAGCACCAAGGCUUAAACAACCUGAGGCAAGGUAUAUCUGGGCACCUAAGUAGGAGAGCAAAUUAUCCUACAUUUAAGUUCUGAAUAUACGUUAUUUGAUAUGCUGUUCCAGUGUGUUUUUAUCUCUUUGUUCUGUUAGAGAUAUAUGCUGAGAAACAGGGGACACCUUAGAGGCACAGAAGCCCCAUUAUUCAAGCUAUUUCAAAUAAAGCUCCCUUAAAUAUAAGUGGUAAAACUUACAAUUUUAUCAUAUAUCUCUUCAUAUUACACAAAAUACUACACUAUAAUAUUUUUGUAUUUUUUUUUGUGUGUGUGUUUUUUUUUGCUACUGUCUAUUAGUAAAGUAUUUAUCUAGCUGAGGUGGCCACCAAUUAGGGUUUUUAUUUUAGUUUAUGUUUGUAAUAAAUUAUACUUGUUAUAAGAUACACAUAACAUAUCUUUAGCUCAAUGAAGUGGUCUGGGUGUCAGGUCCCUCUAGGGUUAACCCUGCCUGAUGUAAACAGGGCAGUUUCUGAGAAACUGCUAUGUUUACAUCUGGGGUUAAGCCAGCCUCUAGUGGCUGUCUUCUGGACAGCCACUAGAGGCGCACCGGCAAUGAUUGAGGCAUAUUAUGCCUCAAUCACGCAGAGCGUCCAUAGGAAAGCAUUGAAAAAUCUUUCCUACGGACACUUUGAAUGCGCGCGCGGCAGUGCCGCGCAUGCGCAUUCGGCGCCAGUGACGUCAGAAAAGGAUGCUGACGUUGGCGGGGGAGGAGAGGUAAGGGAGCCCGGCCGGGGAAAAGGGUGAGUAGCUGAAGGUGGUUUUAACCCCUUUAGCACCACGGGAGGGGGACCCUGAGGGUGGGGGCACCCUCAGGUUACUAUAGUGUCAGGAAAACCAAGUGGUUUUCCUGACACUAUAGUGUCCCUUUAAGGGAUGGCACUGAUGAUUCACUGACAUAGGCCCCCAAUUUUAAAAUAUUUCCCAAAUGAUUCAAUACUGUUAGAAAGACUUUCCAAAUCAUUUUUCUACAAAAAUCAUCAUUAAAGUCUAGGGGAAUUUUUUUUUAGAUUAGUUAUUUGUAAAGGUUUUCUCACUGUAUUGAAUAAUUUGGGAAGUUUAUUAUAUUGAGGCCAUAGUUUUUUUGUGUAUUUAUGCUUGCAUGUAUAAUUUUUUUACAAAUUGAUUUCCACAGUAAGUAGACAUGCAAAUAAAAUUAACUUACAUCUGCCAACCAAGGCCCGAUUUUCACAUUAUUGAUAAAGCUUUUCAAGUGAUUUAUGUGCUUUGAAAAAUAUUAUAAAUUGUGAUUAUUUUAAUAUAUUGAUUUUUUUCUUUUACAUGUGAUAUUUGUUUUGAUAGUGUAAUAUUUAGAAAAAAUUAAGUUUAUCUAAAAAUAUAAACUAAUUUGCUUUUUUUCAGUUGACAGUGUUUAAUUAUUUCACUGGCUAAAACCCCCUUAGCUCUUUUAAACACAACUCACUAUGCCGGGGCUCGCAAGAAGAGCCUGUGCCCGGCAGAGGUGCAAACAGAGAGCCUCCAAGUACCACCAGACCACCAAGAAAUGUGUAGCAGGAGCCUCUACCACCAGACAACCAGGGAUUGAUGUGUCCCCAUUCCCUGGCCAGAUGUAGUAGACUGGGGCGGAGGGGGCUGAGGACACAUAUAUAAUAAUAAAAUAUAAAAUUACUCCCCUACAUACACUGCAUUCCCUAAACACAUACUACAUGCCCGACUUUGCUAAUCCCCCUAUACCCACACAUGCUACAUUCCCUAUACACGCACGCUGAAGUUUACUGUAAUUUUGAUACACAAUCUAAUAUUUUUUUUUUCCCCCACAUACAUUUCUAGUUAAAAUAUAUAUAUAAUAUAUAUAAAAUAUAUGAGUGUCUAAUAUUGCGGAAAUUGGCUAGUUAAAAAGAAAUAACACAAGUAGUGCUAUUUUUUAUAUUCUUAAUUAUUUUAUUCUUGGAACAGAUACACAUUAAAGCCACUAAUAACCGUACGCCAAUAGUAACAUGGCCUAUAUUUACUUUUAGACAUGACGACAGCCCUAUAUACGAUAUAUGGUGUUAUUGCUUCUGCUCGGUUGUAACAACAUAAAGCUUUAUGAUUUAUGACUUUGAUAUUUCCACAGAACAAAGAUUAGGAUAUUGGUGUUUAGUAUGGUUGACUCAACUUGAGAAUCAAUAAACUACCAUCUGUCAAAGCUAUGGCAUACUGUAAAAACAUUUAUUUCUACCAGGAAUUUCUAUUUCUAUGUAAAGAAAUGGUCUAAACGUAUCAAGAGGAAUUGAUUGUGUUUGGACAAAACUGCCAUCUUUUUUUAUCUGCUGAAGUUUUAACUGUAGAUCUGCAAUCUCCAGUCAAAUGACAAUAUUGCUUAAAAAAACACUCCAAGAACCAUAAACACUACAGUCCUCUGUAGUGCUUAUGGUGCCAGGAGUGCCUUUGUGCCCCUCAUUGUUUAAAAACGUUUUGACAACUUACCUGUGGUCCAACAGGAGCUUGCCGCUGCCUCCUCUAGAGCUGGAUGCUGCAAAAGGAGUUUCCGUUAGCUCCACUGAUGUAAGACCUAAGGCCAGCUCAUUGGUUGAGAGCAUUGGUUGAGUGCUAUCUGUGUAUCUGCACCCCCUGCACUGCCAACGUAGAAUCUUUUUUUGGCAGAAGGUUCUGUUGGAUGUGAUGGCAGGUACCUGGUGAACUCAAAGUAUAUUGCCAAAAACCGUUUGUAAAUGGUUUGACAAAUUAUAUGGGGGUAGGGAGUGCCAGGGCGUUCCUGGAACUAUCAUUACUACAGUGGGCUCUAGUGAUUAUGGUAGUCAGAGUCUUGCUUUACGGAGCAUGGUCAUUUCAUUGGCAAUUUUUUUUCAUUUCGUUUUCAUACUCUAACAAAAUUGCAUCUAUUGUAAAAACACAACAGAUAAAACAGAGACACAAGAUUUUUUUUUUUUUUUUGUAAUGACAUUUUGGUAUAAUGUGCAGUGGGAUUCAGAAAAGAAAAAAAAGGUGAAAUACAGAGGGGGCAAGCCAAACAUAUUGCAUCUUACAAAAUUAAAAUUGAAAAGGUGAAGUACAUUUUAGUUGCUCUUAGAAUAUACAUUGAGACAGGUUUAUUGUAAGCUAAUAAUAAGUAGGAUUUCAAAGGAACACUAUAGUGUCAGGAACUCAAACAUGUAUUCCUGAAACUAUAAUGUUAAAUUAACUAUUUAGGUCCUUGGACUUCCCUUUAUUGCAUGGGAAAGGUGUUUUUACUCAUCUUUUUUUACCACAUCUCGCUGUGGCUAGCUCUCCCCCUAUGGCUCAGGUCAUCAAACUUGCAUCUCUAUGGGGAACAAAUCAUUGCAUCUCUAUGGGGAAUGUUUAGCGUCUCCAUGCAUAAGGUAUAAACACUGAACAAUAGUGUUGCACAGUGUGCAGCAUUGGACUAGGAAGCUCAUCUAGUGGCUGUCUGAGUGACUGCCACCAGAGGUGUUACUAGGCAGCAAUGUAAACACUGUCUUUUCUAUGAAAAAGCAGUGUUUACAUUAAAAAGCUUGCAGGGACAGAUCAGUCUUAUUUCUUAGAACUUUUAUGUUGUCAUAUUUCUUUCUUAACAAAUCUCACUAACUGCUCGUCACUUUAUAUUCUAACAAAAAAACCUUAUAUAAAUAUCAACCUUAUUGCUCAUAUCUACAUUAGUUAGAAUUGAUUACAAAGAUAUAAAAGAGAAAAAUUAAAACUGGGGAGGGGUGGGGGUGAGGAGGGGUAAACGCAGAUGUAUUCAGGGAUAUAUCAAUUAAAUAGGAGAGGCUUAUAAGAGCAAAUCCGAUCUUAAAGAAGUCUGAUUGUUAUUUGUAACUUGUUUAACGUUCAGCCCUCUGAGUGGUACAUACAUACGCUUUCAGUUCAGCUACCCUGGCCUUAAAUUUGAAUUCACUCUGAACUCACCUUGAAUUCUCACUUUAUUAAAAUAACCUUGAAAAAAAAAAUACAAAAAAAUGUACCUCCACUUUGAUCUUUAAUUCCACUGUAAAUUAUAUACAAAGUAUAUCUUCUUUAUUUUACUUAGGCUUUGUUUCAUGGAUGUUCUAUAGUAUAUUUUUUAUAAUUUUAAUUUUAAUGUUUUUAAUUUAACUUUCAGUUCAGUACUGGGUAUACAAUACACACACAGGGAUCAAAAACACCAGAUUACACAGGCGAUGUAUUUAGAGUCCAUCAAUUUCAUUCAUUUAAGAGAAAACCGCCUCAUUCUCCAUAUGUCACCAUAAAAAUUAUACAGACAAGAUUUACAAUUGGACAGACGUGGCAUCCCUGUAUAUUUAUUUCCUCUUCUCCAAUUGGGUAAAUACAUUCUCAAGCCACCUGUUAGCAUUACAUCAUUUAUUCCCAAGAACACAGUUGCACGGAACGCUUUAAACAAAGUAGUUCUUCUUGUAUUGUUUGCACUCAAAGAGCUGAUGUCAUGCCAACUGAUGUCAUUGUAUGCCUUUGUAUCAUCACCAUAGCUACCGGGCAGGUGGAAAGCCUACCGCUGAUGUCAUCGUAAAUAUAGAGGUUACAAGAGUUUUAAAACCGUUUGUUUUUUCUUCUUAUGAAUAGAACCAAAGUUCCUACCACACUUGGAGAUACGAAAAUCCCCAUAUUUAUUAUUUGCUUUGUAGACCAUGAUGUUAGCAUAAUAGAAUAUUGUUAAUACUGCAGAACCAUGCAAUUUAAUUUAAUGAUCCUCUCAAUUCUUUUUGAAAGUUUUUUUUGUUUGUUUUUUUAGAAAUGAUUUUAUUUGUCCCAAAAUGUGACUUUGAUGAAGAAGAAUUGGAAACAAAGAUCAAUUAAAUAAAAUGUAAAAACAAAUAAUAAAACAGUUGUUUGUAGCAGUUAAAUUUUGAUUAAUUCUUUAACUCAAAGAAAAUUAUAAUUAUCAAAAUGUAAAACUUUUUACAUUUCUUAUACCAAAAAUGAUGGAGAAAUGACAUGGGAAAUGUUUUUCCAAAAUAUGCAAUUUGUUAAAGUUCAGAAAUUCGGUUGUUUUAAUCUCUUGUUCAUAUUGACCAAAAUUUAGCAAAUCCCUUCUCAACUAUAAAGUGAUAUCUGUUUGGAUUGUUUUGGAUAACUGCCUGGUGGAAGCAUAAGGCAUCAAGAAACAGUUUCUUUUUUUCAUUAUUUUGUUUCUUAUGAUUUAUUCCAAUUUUUUUUAUAUCAUAUGAUCCGUUGAAAAAAAAAAUGUUCUUUGAAUUUAGACGCCUGCACUAUUUGCUCUUAAUUAGCGCUGCAAACAUUUGAUUAGGGAACAGAAAAAGAUCUAACAAUUUUACGUGAGCCACUAGCUUAUUGGACAAAUCGAUAUGUGCAGUUCUAUAAAUCAGCAAUAAGAUUCAACUAAAUACCUUAAAUGUAUUCACUAUGCUGAACAGUAAUCCCUUUUAGAACUGACUACAGUAUACUGUAUAACAAUAUGAUAAUUUGCAUAAAAAUCAUAUUGUUUUAUAGUUCAGAUUUAAAGUAAUUCAGUAUUUUGUACAAUGUACAACUGUGUACUUGUUAGCACCCUUUAUUACACAGCACAGUGGAAUAGCUUACUUUCUCAAUAUUGGUAUUGCGUUUUUGAAGUAUAGUAUCCACUGUAUAUUCUUUGAUGUUCAGUUACUGACUAUGGCUGGAUCCAGAGGACAAUACUUCAAUAUAUUCACCAAUACAAAAACAAUGCAGGUUUUAUAUCCUGAUGAGUCACAUGACUCAAGAUAGGGCAGACCAGACCCUUCCUGUGCCAAAAAAUAGGGACACACUCGAAUGAGUGAGGACCUAUUUUUGGAUAUCAACCCAUGGAAUAAGAACCAUUACAGUAGAAAGUCUUGGCAUAGAUUAAAUGCUGCCAAUGUCCUUUAUAUAUUAUACCUACGUAUAUCCUCUGUCUGUACUCCCACCUCUAAUCCUCGCUUCCAAGACUUUUCCAGGGCUGCACCUCUUCUGUGGAACUCCCUUCCCUUCUCCGUAAGAAUUUCACCCAGUCUCCACACAUUCAAAAAAUCAUUGAAAACUCACUUCUUCAAGAAAGCAUAUAAAUUAAACUGUUUUCAUGUUUUUUUCCCCCACCCUCCAUGACUCCUCUCCUGCAACUGUCAAAAAUUACCUACUAAGCCCUCAGUGAAUACUUUUCUUACAACCUACUUUGUACCCCUACUUUUACCCUUCGUGUCACUACACUCCACUCCCUCUAGAAUGUAAGCUCAUUAACCAGGGCCCUCCACCUCUCUGUUCCUGUACGUCCAGUUGUCUGGUUACAAUUACAUGUCUGUUAGUGCACCCAUUGUACAGCACUAUGGAAUCCGAUGGUGCUAUAUAAAUUAUAAAAUAAUAAUAAUAAAACCCUUGGUAGAGGUAAAGGCUGUCCCAUUUACUUGCUACCGCUAGCCAUACUCCAGAUAAAAACAUCUAUAUUAAAGCCAAAAAAAUUAGCUCUGUUCAAUAUGACAACACAUGUUUUAAUAUUCUUAGCGGGUAAAAAAAAAACACUGUUAAGGAAUUUAUGCAUCUUAACUUUUCCUAGGCAGGGGCAUUCUCAUCGAGCCAGGUGGUUCCUAAAUCAUCUGGUCCCAAUAAUUAUAACCUCUGACCCAAUAGGGUACCAGGGGAUGCCUAAUCAAAAAUCUAACUCUUCCAAAUGUGGCCAAGGGUCUCCAAGGUCCUGACAACCUACCUCUUCAGACCCUCACACCUCUCCUGACCCCAGCAUAAUUCCACGUAAAUAUCAUGUCUCAUCAAGACUCAUUAAACAUUAUACUUUUUUGAUAUAUGUUCUUAAUAUUUGCACUGAUGAUUCUGCUAUAAGUUGACCAUGAUAUCUUCUAGAAUACAAAGCAUCAAUGUUAAUGCAACAUUAAAAUGUUAAAUAGGCUAAUACGCCUUGCAAUUCAGAGAUGGAUCUUUAUUAGUCUUUUGGCACACCAGGUUCAUAGUGAUACUGAAAGCAAAUCCUGGGUAGGAAAAAGGCCAGGCAUCAUUUUACAUCUGGAGCUUUGACAGGCAUAGAAAUAGCAGUCAGGGAAAUAUAUUUAGGUGUGUGGAUAAACCUGACCUGAUAGGGUAAGAAUUGAUACUUUGAGUUCCAGAGAGUUACUCAACAUUCUGGCAAUCAUAUGACAGAUCUGGAUUUUUCUUGUUAGACUGAUGUCACUAUAUGAGUUUUUUUUUUUUUUUUUUUUUAAAUGUUUAAUUAAAAUAAAUACAAAUGGCAUGGGGUAACAUGAAAACAAAUUAUAUUAGUUGAUACUUAUUGCGUCCUAGCUGAAGAAAAGGGUGUUUUUGGUGCAGCCAUCCUUCUCCUGUAUCUCGUGGAAGUCUCACAGACCAGAAAUAUACUGUCCUAUAACCUUACUAUUCUCACCCGUGCAUAAGGAUACAGAAUUGGCUCCUGUGGGAGAUUAUGCAAGAUGUCUGCCUUCAUCAGGAUCUUUAGUCUUAUGCAAAAUUAGUUUGUGUAUCAUGUGAGAGCAUUCCAAUGACAGAAAUUCAAAGUUUGCAAGCCAUAAAGGCUUACUAAUGAUUUUGAUUGCUUUAAAAAAAAAAAAGCUUUACUUAAAGUGGCUUUGUCCCAGCAAUAUCACUUUUGAGUAUUUUAUUAACAUAAUAUUUCUAUGAAAUACUUACGUUGACUUCUUUGAAAUUCCAUCACAAUCAAAAGAUAUUAUAAGACAAAGUAGGGACUACUUUGCCUUAUGGUGAACGGUGAGGUUGACAUAACUUGACAAAAGUUGGGCUCCCACUGUCAAGUUUUGUUAAUUCCCACAGCUGUUGCUAGUAUUGAGCUAUGGAUACUGUGAGAGUACACUAGAAUACAGCAGUGAUUUGGGUUCCUGGUGGAUGAUUCACUAGAAGCUAAAGAAGUAAGAUGGUGGUACAUGCAAAGAGGUUCUUCAGGUGAGUAUUUCUCCCCUCAACUUCACCUUCAUCCACUGCAAACCAAGUGGGAAUGUCACCUGCAAAAACCUGAAAGUGACAUAGCCACUUUAAAAUCACAAGCCAAACAAAAUAAGUAACCGUAGUUUAUUGGAGUUGUUCAAAUAAUAAAUUCUCCUGCACUCUAAGCCCCUCUUACACUAUAACUAGAAAGUUAUCUUCCUCAUUAUUGGGACAAAAUAGUUGUACUCUUUAAUAAUGUGCACACAUUAUAAAAAUAAAUAAUUAUAUACAAUUUACAACAAUUUUAAGCCCUUGUAAUAAAAGUUAACUCUCCCACUAGCUGCAAAAUGUUUGUAGAAAUAUCCUUUUUAUGUUUUUAAAUUACAAUUUCAAACGACAAGGUUGUCUCAUGCAUCUUUGGACUUUAAUUGAGGUGGGAAUGUGUCUUCCUACACUACCAGUGCUGGGUGAGUGGUGGCAAUAUACCCUGGCAUCUAGGAGUUAAUAUAAGAGCAGAAUUAUGGUUCCAUGGAGGAACAAGAGAAUUAAUUGUCACCCCACUGAGCUCCCUUAGUAACUCUUCCUUUGGAGUCUAGGGCAACAAAUAGGAUGGUGUUGAGAUGAGUUGUUAUAUUUUAGCACCAUUCCUCCUAUAGACAGUCAGGAAUAAGGCUCCGUCCCUGAACGAAAAGGUAAGAAAGAUUAAGGGAAUUUAAGGAGUUAUUGUUAAAUCACUGUUGCUUACAGGAUAAGGAGAUGAGCUUUGGCUGACCAGCUUUACUGUUUAAUAGCUGGGUAAGUUGGGUUAUCAAGGUUUCCUUAUAUUUGCACAGGUGUUAUAAUAAAUAUCUCUAACUUUCUGUUAUAUCCAAUUGUUCUAAUAUCUGUUGGAGAUUUAUGAUGAGAGAGCUUAUAUCUCAAUAUGACUUUUGUGUUUUAUGUACUCUGACGAUAUACCAUUGUUGUUUUCAUCCUAAACUGAAGUUGGAUUUAGUUUACACAUCACACAGUGUAUGUGCAUAAACUAUGUAUUAAGACUGAAAUUCUUUAUAAUCCUUUAUUGUAAUAAGAGUUUUCGUUUUUGUGUGGAGUAUAUAAACAGUUUUUUUGGGGUUUUUUUUGCAGGUGGACUCAGUAGUUUUAAACAGAACCAUGAAAACCUCUGUGAUAAUUCCCUCCAAUUGCAAGAUUGCUCCGAUGGAGGGGGGGCUUCCGCUGUAUCAAUUACACUACCUCAAUCUGUCCCGAGCACUCCAGACAUCGAAAAUGCAGAGCUGACCCCCAUUUUACCCUUCCUUUUCCUGGGAAAUGAACAUGAUGCCCAGGACUUAGAAAAAAUGCAAAGAAUGAACAUUGGUUAUGUCGUCAACGUAACAACACAUCUUCCUCUAUAUCAUUAUGAGAAAGGAAUCUUUAAUUACAAACGUCUACCAGCAACAGAUAGCAACAAACAAAAUCUCAGGCAGUACUUUGAGGAGGCAUUUGAGUUUAUUGGUAAGUCACUUAUGUUGUGACUCUCUAACUGAAUUCAACAAUAGUAUCAGCAAUAGCAAAGGUUAUGAGUUUGUUUGAUAUUUUAAUACAGUUGUCAAUUAAAACAAACUUUGUCAAAUAGUGCAUUUAUUUCACCAGUCUACCCCACCUGAAUAAGUCUAUUUAGCUAAAUGUUUAUAAUUAAUGGCAGUGUAUAAUUACCAAUAUUACCAAUGUACCAAAUAUUUAAUAUCUAUUGAUUUAAUAUUAACAAUGUUUAGGUAUAUGUAUGUAUGAAUCUCAAUUCUCUAUUUAUGUGUUCUGUACUUUGAAUUAUUUUAAUAAUUAUUCACUUCUAACAGUAACCUUAAUUAAUACACCUGUUUAUUGUCUUGCAAGUUGUGCUUUUUUGUGUUAUUUUACCAUCUAUAUUAUAUGCCCAGAGUAUUUAUUUAGUCCAACCUCAUCAUGACCUUACCCAAACUGCAAUCCCAAUGCAUUAGAUUAGUGGCCUAAUAUUCAUCUAAAGUCUUUUAGAAUGAUUUCCUUGUCUUAAAUUAGAUCGAUCAUUGUAGCUCGAGAAGGAUUAAAAUGACACAUGGCCCUAGGCAGAUUACCAGUUUGCCCCCACUACCCAUUGAUUCUUCACAUAGGGUAGGUUAAUGGGGCCAAGCAAAUUCAUAGUUCACUGUCUGAGACUUCUGGCCUUAGGCUACUGCCUAGGAGCAUCAUAUGGGGCUCCUGUCUAAUCCCUGGGCUCUAGUUGGCCGCCUAGGGUCGCCUUGUUGUUAAUCCUUCACUGAAUAUUUUCCUAGUUUGUUGCAAAAUUGGAAAGCACUUGAAACUAGUUUUUUUGCCUUCUUUUGGUUCAACAGCAAAAACAGAUUUGAGGCUGAAUUUGAUGAAUGCUAGUCUUUUUGUAGCCUAUGUAACACUUAUCUUAAACUUAGUUUAAUCUUGCUACCUUUUUCCAAAAUUCCCAGAUCUGAUUAUUGCAAGUCUUUUUUUGCAGUUUAUGUAGCUAUGUAACACUUAACCUAACCUUUAAUCCAUGUACCUAUUUCCAAAAGUCCCAAUACUAAUCCAACCUUCCAUUUCCAUAUAUAAUGUAGUUAGUCUGUUUAUACCUUGAGGAGUUUGCCUUGGGCUGGCUUGUCUUAUCAAUGUAAAACCCACUUUCAUUAUAUGGAUUAAAAGCACUAUUGAUUGAUUGGUGACGCUGAGGGUAUACUAAAUAUACUUGGGUACUCUCAGAGUAAUCUAACCAUAAGUCUAUUCAAAAUAUUUUAUCAACAUUUUAUUUUUAUACAUUUUUUAUUACAAAAUAUUUCACACAUAUAAAACAUUUAACCGCUCAUAAAGAAAGCUAAAGUUAUAUUAUCAGCUGUAAGAUUGGAGAAAAAAAAACACUGUUCAUAACACUUUGAAAAGCAGUGAUUUGCCAGUUUUCCUAACAAAAUGGCUUUAGCAUUGAAAUCUAGCCAAGACUUAAUUUAACAAAACCUAUACUUUCCAUCUCUAGCCUAGAGUUUUCCGGUAUUGCCUGUGCUUGCUAGGCAUCACCGUUAUAGUUAGAAUCAGUUCUAGAACUUAGAAUCUAACAUAAAUAGCUGAACUUCCAACUGGAACCAGAUGCAGAAUUCUAGGUACUAAACCUUCCAGAAAAAGUCUCUCUAACAAAGAACGGUCUAUCGUAGGACUUACUGACCCUUGAUAUUUAGCUUUACCUAUGGGUAUUAAACCUUCCACCGCUAGUAGAAAAGCCUUGAUUGUUCUGUCAGUCAAGUCCAUCCUCCGCUUUAUAACAAAUCUCUCUAAAGACUAAUCAUCUACAAGGAGAGGACAUAGUUACAUAGUUACAUAGUUACAUAGUAGUGACCCUUGAGAUUUACUUUCAAGCUUUUCAUAUAGGGGUUUCAUUUAGCCCUGCAACUAACAAUUAUUCCCAUAAUGAAUUAUUUAGUAAAUUAAUGUUUUAAUUAACUAAUGAUUCAGAUAUAUAUUUUUUUUAAUCUAAAAUAUCUAGUCCACUCUUAAUUGUAUUAAUUACAUUUCAAUAUUUAUAAAAAAUAUAAAAAAAACAACAAAUUAAAAAUGUCCAAAGCGCUAAGGACUAUAUAUCAACAAAGCCUUACACAGUUAUCUAUUCAGUACAUAUAAUCAGCAAUAUCAAACAAUCAGCUUUGGGCAGACAGAUAAUAGUGCACGUUCAUUCAAAUAACAACUCCCAUCACUCUAGUAAGUAAUCCUAAUUCACCUGAUUUAAAGGAACUGUGUAGCUUUAGGAAUACUAAUUGGUAGCUGUUUAGUUCACGGUCCCCCCACCCUUCCUAAGUGGAUGAAAAAGUUAGUUAAUUUACCUUGUCUCCAGCUCCGCAGAGCUCCCUCCAUAGCCAGUCCAGCAUCCUUGAUGAAAACUGAUAAUCUCAGCCAAUACAGUGCUUUUCCACAGGGAAGCAGUGGGUGGCUGAUAUUUGACAUUGCAGGGUUAAAACAACAGGGACAUGACGCUCAGAGCACUUCAUUGAGAUGGGUGCCUAUAGAGUCCUUUUCAUAUAAACAAUCCAAAUUAUGACUCCUAUUAUUUCUGGAUUGCACAGGUGAUCUAAUCCACAUAAGCUAGGAGCAGUUGUAAACUCUAUCCGAAAAAUUAAUUUAUACUGUCCUUCUACAAGUGGCACGUGUAGCUGCUGGUAUUCUCUGAUCUGCAGAUCUCAAAGUCCAUCUUAAAAUGGAACUGUCAAUUUCAGAGGUCUUCGCAUAUUUUGCAUAUGGUGUGGAUCUGGUGGCCGUGGCGUGCAGGGGAGGUGAGUUUUACUUUCCUCAAGCUGUCCUUCACGGCCGUCACCUUGUUAACACUGCAGGUCCUCUUUGGCUCCUGGCGCUUCAGUGCAUAAGAAUUCAACACUGAGGUCUUUGGAAGAUCCCGCAAGACCGAUCCAUAGACAGAGCCAGAAUCCCACAGCCAGAAUCCCUAAUUUGUUUUAUGGUAUUUUUGGAUUGCGUUGGAGUGUCAGUGAAAUAUCUGUGAAAUUCCAAUGGAUUCUUUCAUAAUUUCAAUAUUUCAUAAAGUUUAUACCCUCCAUGUAACACUAGAAACUGUAUUAAGUGUUCCAACACCUUUAUCCAUGUAAAACAGCUCAUAUCAUAAACACUCUCUUCUGUAUACACAUGCCAGGCUAGAUAUUACAAAAUUAAAACAGCACUAUGCGUUUGCUGUUUUCUUAGGGCUUUGUCAAAGUGCAUUUGUAAUAAAAAUCUCUCUUUUUCACAAUAAAAGUAACACAAUGAGUAAACAAUUUUCAUAACAGAUUAUCAAACUUUUUUCGAUUAGUUUUUUCAGCUAGUUUCAUUUGGAAGAAAAUAGAUAUUUUAUCUGCUAUAUUUAAUAUUUUUUUAUAUUUUACCAACAUCCAAACCACAGACCCAUUUGCCAAUAUGUUCCUCAGUCAGUAUUUGCUCAUAAUCCAUUCAUGUCCAGUAGCUGCACCAUUAAAAUAAUGUCUGUAAGUCUAGUCUAGAUCUAGAACAUUUAUAGCGUUUAAAUGUUAAUAAGCAGUGGGUUCUGCUAUGUUUUAAUUUUUAACCCCUUAAGGACACAACCUCUGGAAUAAAAGGGAAUCAUGACGGAAUAUUCCCGUCAUGUGUCCUUAAGGGGUUAAAUGAAGUGGAUUGAGAAAAACAAAUAGCACAAAAAUUUUUUAAAGAUUGUUUGAAAAAAAAAAAAGCAACUACACAAAAACUCCCAAAUAGAUUUAGAAACCUGGCAAUAUCUCAAAUAUGUUCUUGUGGCUGAGAAUGAUCACGAUGUCCAAUUUUCUAAAAGCUGUUCAUUUGGAGCUCUGCUGGGUUUAAUUUAGAUUAUACGUUGUGUAUAUAUUGUUUCUGCUUUUUUUUUUAUAACCCAUUUUAUUUAAGGCAGUAUUAGACAAAAUUAUAUAGGGAUUUAUCCAGCCUGUAUUGUAAGGUUUUGAAAUACAAGGUCGGGAAAGAAAAGUAAUCUCUCACUGCUUCAAAUGGCAUUAUACAAAAUGUCAGGUUAUGUUUUGUGGGGAGAAUGUCUUUUGACCAGCUGCCAUAAUCGGUCUUGUUAUAAAAAUUCAGCAGCUAGAACAAGUGUAUGAAUAGCACUUAAAAGAAUUGUAGAAUGAUUUUUUUUAAAUGAGCUUACAAAAUGAUUAUUUUGUUCGUUACAACAGCACAGUGUUACAAGCUGUUACAUUGGAAGCUGAAAUUGCAAUACCCUUUAAGGAGAACAAAAAAAAAAUAUAUAUGUAUAAAAACCAGUGCUAGUUUUGGUACAUGGUGCAAUUUUAGAUUUUUACUGUGAUUUUUUUUCCGUGUGCUUUAAACAAGUGGUUUGCGCUAAAGUGUUACAUUGUGUGGAGCUUAUAGCAAAGGCAAAAGGUUUCACCUAGGUCUAUAGGAUAGGUGUCUUGGAAGGGGGAGGAUGCUGGGGUAUCUAGACGCUAAACGAGUUUUGGUAAGGCAAAACUCAAAGACUCAGAAAAACGUCUCAAAACUCUUAAAUGGACACUAUAGUCACCCAGACCCCUCAGGUUUUAACCCUUCACAUGUAAACAUAGCAGUGUUAAUCCAACCUCUAGUGGCUGUCUUCCUAAAAGCCACUAGAGGCGAUGCUGUAUGCGAAAAUAGCAUCCAGCUUGCAGAACGUCCAUAGGAAAGCAUUGAGAAAUGCUUUCCUAUGGACUGUUAGAAUGCGCGCGCGGCUCUUGCCGCGCAUGCGCAUUCCGCUCCACUCGGGAGCUGAAGUCGGUGGGAUUGGAGAGUUCACCAACGCCAAGAGAGCCCGGUGCUGGAUUAAGGUAAGUGCCUAAAGGGGUUUUAACCCCUUCAGCCCAGCGGGAGGGGGACCCUGAGGGUGAGGGUCCCCCAAGAAUUAUAUAGUGUCAGGAAAACAAGUUUGUUUUCCUGACACUAUAGUGAUCCUUUAAUUGCUGAUAUAUAUAUAUAUAUUGAAUACCCAAUUUAAGCUUCUCCUUUGCACAUACAGAAGCAGGAAAAUAAAUUCUGACAAGGAAAAUUUUUUGUCUGGUGAGCACAAGGAAAAAUAGUAUCAGGAUGGGGACGACUUACCGAACUAGAACAGAGCAUGUCGUAAAUUUUACAAGGUGAUCCCCUGGUUACAAAUGUAGUCUCCUGAUAUUCCUACUAAAUUAGCACUUGGCAUGUUAUCAUUACAAUUAAUUUACAGUAUUUUAUUUAAUGAUAAAUUACAGUAUUUUUCUCUUCUGUAAUUAGACUAUAUGGUUUUGUUUUUAUAGAGGAAGCUCACCAGUGUGGAAAAGCCCUUCUUAUUCAUUGCCAGGCCGGUGUCUCGCGCUCAGCCACUAUUGUGAUUGCGUACCUAAUGAAGCACACGAGAAUGACCAUGACUGAUGCCUACAAGUUUGUCAAAGGAAAACGACCAAUCAUUUCUCCCAAUCUGAACUUCAUGGGGCAGUUAUUGGAAUUUGAAGAGGACCUAAAUAAUGGGAUUACACCACGGAUUCUGACACCAAAGCUAAUUGGGGUAGAGACUGUAGUGUAGCAAAAAAAAAAUUGUGUAUAUAAAUAUUUGGGUGGAAAAAGCAAAAGCUUUCAGCAAAUUAUUAUUUAAAUAAAAUAAUUUAAAAAAAGACUCUAAAUUAUCCUUUUCUGGAUAAAAAAAUAAAUACCCAGGACAAAUGGAACACUGAGGGUAGAGGUUGGAUAGAUGCAAUGAAUAGCUUUCUGGUUGAAAUAAUGGAUAAUAAAGAGAUUCCAGGCUUCCAGUUCUUGAGAAAACAUUGAUCAUCUUGCUUAAAUAAAACCUACGAUAGGUGGUCUGUGCAGGUUCAUAGACUAAGCAAAGUUCUGCUAUUGGAAAUCCAAAUAAAAGCAUAUGAGUAUGGGCCUUAACUGUCAAAGACAUUCUCUCAAGACAAUGAGAUUUUACUUCAUAUCUGCCAUAGAGAAUCCAUGAAGAUGGCAAUUAAAUUGAACUGUUAAAUAUGGGUGUGUUCAGUUAUAUUUUUAUAUUUUGGGUUGAUACGGUUUCAUCAACAAGGAACUUGACCAUUACUUGCCCUUUGUGGCUUAUUGUGCAAUAAUAUUGUUUUGAGUGUGAGAUUUGUUAGAGUGAACUGAAUGUUCUAAAUUAGAGGUGGAUGACAGGUAUGUCUCAAGCUGUUGUAAAACUAUGCCCGUGACUUGCAAGGCAUCAUGGGAGAUGUAGGCCCACAACUUCUGGUUGUUGACACAUCAUGUCUGCAAACAGCAAGCCCUCUCAAUAGAUGUAGUUUGCCGAAUUGUGGUGGGCACGCCAUCAUGGACAAUAUAUUUCCCAAACAGCUGGGGAGCUACCUGUUGGCUUCCUCUUUUCUAGAGGAUGAAAUGUGCAAAAACAGGAGAAGGGUGAAGGAAAAAAAAAAUAUUAUUAUUGUUUUCAUUUGAAACUGGUUAUGGUGCCAUAAACCUUGUUAAAUAUGUAUAUCAGAAUGUAAAAAAAAAAAAAUGAGAGGUUUUAUUUUAACUAAUUUUUGCACAAAAAUAUAGGCGUGUUCCCAUUGUCUGUGUAAAUUGUUGUUUUGACUAUAAAACUGACAAAAAAGUUAUUUUGACAAUGCGUAUGUUUCUUUUAUUUCUGAAUAUAUUUUUUGAUACGUUACCCAAUGUUGUGUGUUUUCCUUUCAGGGGUAUUUUUAAC